UCGGUUUGCUCUAUUCCUCAGGCUCACCAAGACUAAACGGGCGGGCGUGCGGGCGAUUAUCGAAGGUGGGCACAAAGUCUUCGGAACCAUCCUCCGAGCUUACUUUUUGCCUUCGGUUGUCGUCGUCGUCGUCGUCGGGAUCGUUUGUCGUGGUCGUUGUCUUCGAGAAAGAGAAGCUCGAGCAUUAGCCACUUCUGUGAAGCUGAAGCCUGAAGGACGAAAACCGGAGUUAGCUUGGGUGCGAGUGAGAUAGGUGUAGCAAUCCGGUGCUCUAAGGAGUUUUGGGCCGAGCGGCCGUAGCAUCUGUAGAGCUGUCGGACACUUUACACCUCAUAUUAUCAGUUGGUCUCAGAAACUCUAGCACCACAUCUAACUCGGCACUCUUACGGUUCGGACCGGUGCAAGAAGGAACCCCCGGGAAGGAAUCCGUGUAGAAAAAUUUUAAAAGAAGCAACCAACACAAAAAAAGAAAGCAUUUCAAAUCGGAUUAAAAGCAAAAAAAAAAAUAAACAAAAGUUUAACAACACCUUCACAAAAAAAAAUUAACCCAAUCAUCAACCCCUAUUUCGAUAACCAGGCAGUACCAGGGAUUCGAAGGCAGCAAUAGAAAACAACCACAAUAGUGUCACAGCAAAAAACAAAAGAAGCAAAAAUUGUGUGAAAGGAAGAAGCCAUACCACAAAAAAAAAACCGAAACAGUGUUUACACCAGUGUAAAGCGAAGAGAAAAGCGCGCGCAAAUACAACAUUAAAGAAAAAAAAAUAGCACAUAAUAACAGCAUAGCAGAAAUCGGAAACUCAGCUCAAUCUACACUCAGUGCUCGGGAGAAGAAAAACGAAGCUUGCAGAAGAAAAAAACAAACAACAACAAAUACACACACCGUAGUAGCAAAUAACCACUACAAACAUCAAAGCGCACAAGGACGAUUGGAGACAUCCUUGAAACGACAUCAAGCGUACAACAGCAGCAAUAGUUGAAUUGGAUUUUACCACUCGAAAACCAAAAACCAAAACCAGUGUGUGAUAGUGAGUGAGCAUCAGCAAGGCCGUGUUGUAUCAGUGAGAAGAAAACUCUCCUGUGUUGCAAAAAACAAAACAAAACAAAAAACAAAAAUCGUACAUCCGUAGCGAUAUUUGUACGAAUAAUGUUCCGAAACACCAUCCACAUCAUCAGCGGAACGGUAACGCCAUCGACCAUCGAUCCACCGCAGCACGGUAACAUCAGUGGCGGUCCGGAUGGUGGCGCCCACGUCGAAUCAGUGUUGCGACGUUAAAAGUUGUUCUUGGUUUUAACAAUAAUACAUCAACUUACCAAUGCAUUUCCGUUCGAACUCUUUCGUUUGCUCGGUGCGUAUUAUUAAGCGCACCGGUCACUAAACCAUUAUAUAAAACGACUAUAUAAACCUGUGUGUGUGAAGUGUUCUCUUAAGAAAAAAAAAGCAAACCGAAGAAGCGGUGAACUCUUGUAAUAAGAAUAUUGUAUAAAGGCUAAUAUAAAUAUAAAAAAUCAUAUAUGCAUAACAACGUAGUAUCUCCAUGUGCGUGUGGAGACGUUCGAAAGUAAAACAGCGAAACAGCAGCCCUCGCCUGCUUUCGCUUCCCAUCUGCUGGCGCUCUCAUUAAAGGGGAUCCCAUCGGUACUGGGAAAAUUCCCAGAUAAAAAAAAAACACCUCCUUUUCUGUGUACCGGUGGGUACUGGAGUGGAGUAGCAAACAACAGCAAAAUCCCAAACGUGGGGAACGAAGAAAAAAAACAUUGAAAACCAAGUGUGUCCAAACGUCAGCAUGGUCGGUUGGGAUUCGUUCGUGAAGGUAUUUAUGGAAGAUCACACCUUACGUCCCUAAAGUUGGCGAAACCUUUCUUUCGGCAAGCUAUGUACAGUGGACGCGAGCGAACCGAUCGGAGCGACGCAACAUCAACAGCAACAUGCCGGCGUUCGCCUUGGUGUUCAGCGAUUGGAAGAGGCAGUGCAAGCGUUCAAAUUGCGUUCAAAGGUUGCGUACCGGCGUGCACCAACGUACACGUGUGCCCGUGAGUGAAAAAUUAUGUGAAAUUAUCCUUACCGCCAGCGUUAGUAACAAACGGCGCCGGAAGAAGCAUUCGCAUCAGCAGCAACAAACGGUGGAAUGUGAUAAUGACGAUUGAUUACGUUACUAGGAUAUCGAAGUAACGUGCAAUAUACCACAUAUAAGAAAAGCAGCAUAAAUCCAAAGAAGAAAAAACACUACCAAAGUGACCGAAAGUGGAUCCUGCUGUGUGCAUGUGUGUGCGUGUGUGCGUGCAGUUUACGCAGAGUGACAUGAUCGAUCGACAUUGUCCGGCAAGAUCGUUCUGCUUUUGUGUGAUGUGAUCGUCUGAAGCAAAACACCCUGAAAUCAUGUUAUUCCCCCCACACGUCACCGACCGACUGAGACAAACGGGCGUGCGGUUCCCGCGGUAGUUGGAUGCCGGUUGAGUUGAGAAACCUCCCCACCCCCCAGGGCAGUGUGUGGCGUGUGUUAGUUUCCGUGAUUUUGUUUGUUUCGGUUUGUUUUGGUGUCACCCCCCAAAAACGAACGAACGUUUUUACGUUGUUUUUUGGCGAGUAGCCCCGCUACUCGUUGGGAAUUUUUUACUACUGCAAAAAAAAACCAUAGGCCUUACGAAAAGAGCGGGUUGGAUUUCGAAAACGGUCAUCUUCGUUGAAGAAAAUGAAAAAUGCCAUCACUUCACGUCCGACCCCCUUCCGGUUUUAAUGGCCAAAAACACCACCGACAAUUAUGGUUAUGGAAGUGAAGAAAAUUGACCGUUACUGUGAACCAACGAGCUAAUGUGGGAUAAGCUUAACAUACGGUACGCAUAUAAAAUACAACCAAAACAUAAAACGAGAAGAAAGAAGAAGAAAAAAACAGUCUGAGUGAAUAAGAGCCGGCAUUCGACAGUGUGCUGAUGUAGUAACAGUGUGAAAACCAAAACAAAAAAUCAACUCAAACCACGUGUCGCGUGGCAAGCAACGAGACAAGUGAAGUUUUCUUUGCCAAAACAAAACCAAAACCAAAAAAAACCAAAACCACAAGUGUAGAGCAUGAGUGUGGAGUCACGAAUUGUGUGGAGCUGUUAGAGAGUGGUGCAAAAACAAAACAACGGGAGAAGAGGAAAAAAAGCGCGCUUUACAGCAGUUAAUAAUGCGCCGAAGAAAGAUUACACGCCCCAAAAUGCGGGGGAAAGUAGUAAAGUAAACAAGAAAAAAAAACAUUAUUCAAAUACGCGUGUGAGUGAAGUUUGGUGCGUGGAAAUUAAUGUGCAAUGCAGUAAAGUGCUGAAUAUGCGAUGAAAACUCAGUUGGAAACGAACAACUAACCGUUUUGUGUGGAAAAAAAAGGAUGAACAAACCAUUCCAAUACAUCUUAUAACGUGGAUGUGUGUGUAGUGAAACGCACGAAAACCCGUGUACGGUAGCCGCCAGUAGUGUGGUUACUCUUUAGUUGUGAGAGUGUGUGAAGGAUAUUACUAAGUGCGAUAUUAGUGCACUAGUGCGUGAAAGUUUUUAUUGCUCGUGAACGCAAUAUUUUCCGUAGCAAAGCAUAACACAGUGUUCACAAAAGUGUGUGUUUGUGUGCGUGUGGUGUAGUGAAGUUGAAAGUGUCAACGUGUGAAUCCAUGCCAGUUUCCGGCGAAGCGAGGACAGCUAGUGACUGUGCAGUGCAAGUGAGCGUGAUAAAGUCCUUUUACCACCGAUUAAAAUCUGAUCACAAUCUACGCGUAUCAUUUGUUGCGGAGAAUCAUCUUCCGAAUGGCUACCAGCGGGUCACGACUAAACCGAUUCAGUUCGUUUUGGGAUAGCUUUUUUUCCUGGCAUUAUCGCACUGACGGAUACCUUGUUCAUCAUCUUCCCCUGGCUUGCUGGAUCGUCGACGUGAAAAUCGUGCUCAUCGGAUGUGUUCCGCGAAAUGUGACGUCUGCGUCAUACAACCGUGAAACACCCGCAAAAUCGGCGGAAAAACAUCGUUCAGAUAUCUUUUAAGGUGAUGGUGAUGGCAGUAGUGGUAGUGGUAGAUGGGUACAUCGCAAAGAAAAGAAGAAGAAGAAAAAGAAGAAGAAGAAAAUAUCAUAUUGAAACCAAACCCGCGACAAAGAAGAAGAAAAUACAAAAGAAGAAGAAAAAAAGAAGAAACACAACACAAGCAAAGAAGAAACGAAACUGUGAUAAACGAUGCAUACGGUCAGCUACCAAGGCAAUAUGCAAACAGAAAAGAAGAAACAGUAUUUAAUUAGUGUGAACGGUUUCCAUAUGAUACUUCCACAAAAUAUUACCGAUAUUCGACACCAGGCCGAUCACUACCACUGAUGUCAGGUCCAUGCCAUGGAAGGGGAAAGCUAAGGCCGGGUUAAGCGACCGUUCGGAUAUUGGAGGGGGCUGCUCGUGCAGCUGUUCGAAAAAGACGACGCUAAGGAAAAACCGUGCGGAGAAAAAAGACCACGCGCUUACAGUGACACGAACCGCUGGUAGUGUGCGUGACGACGCUGGCAUCGGGGCGGGGAACGGUUCCCCCACCUGCUGGAAAGCGGUCCAAUUUUCAGGGGAAGUUAUCUUCGUCGUCGUCGUCGUCGUUGGCACCGCUGCCACCGCCACCACCAACACCAUCGUCCACCGCAUCCACGACGUCGUCCUCGUCAACGCUGUUGCCGUCGUCGCCGUCGCCGUCGUGUUCGUGAACUGCAGGCUCCCUGCUUAUGAUGUCAUCGGAGGAAGACUCUGAUUCUUUCGGUUUGUACGUCGAUAAGUUGCUAAAGAACAACCCUACCAACACAGUGACGAUCAGCAGUAACGGCAGUAACAGCAACAGCAGCAACGGGAGCAACAGCAACAGCAAGCGAAGCAGACAGCGUGUAGACGCGGGCGAGCCAAGAAACAGCUACUCCUCGAUACCCAGCUUCAGUUCGCGGCCGUCCUUCAUGAGCAGUGGUCUAUACGGGGCUAUUUUUAGCCAGGCGCAGCAGCAACAUUUCAGCGGACUAUUCGGUCCCGGCGGUUACGGACCGGCGGCCGCUAGCAAGAUGCUUAACGAACUGCUCGGCAGACAAGUGAAGCAGGCCCAGGACGCAACCGAUCCGGAUACGAUUAGCAUGCUAUCGGCGAUCGAGGCUGCCGCGGCCAGUAUCAGCAGUGUGGCCGGCAGCAUCAACAACGGCGUAAGUAGUGGCGAUUGCGGACUUAUUACGGCAGACAGUGGUGUGAACGGUGCGAGUGGCGGCGUGUUGAACGCCACCAAGCUCGGCUUCGAAAGUGUGACGAGCCUGAAUAACAACAACAACAACAACAAUACCAACACGAACAAUAAUAAUACGAGCGCCAGUAAUCAUACUGGCAGCAACAAUCCCAACCCGAACAGCAACCAUAAUAGCGGCACUAGCGACAGUGCGAAAAGUGCUAAGUGUGGCAAGAACAAUAGUGCAACAGUGUCGGUGUCGGAUGUGACGAUGGGUUCGAACCGGCGCAGCAGCAGCUCGAGUAGUACGAGCAGCAACAGUAGUAGCAGCAGCAGCAGCACUAGCAGCAGCAGCAGCAACAGUAGCAACAGCAGCAGCAAUGCGCUUGCAAAUACCAACGGUGAGAACAAUGGUGGCAGCGGUGCGGCCGGUGGCGACGGCAGUGCAGCAGUGAGUGCGGCCAAGCCGGGCAGCAGGAAUGUGACCGCCGGCAACAACAACAGUGCAGUGGACGGUUCGUGCAGCAACGGGCUCGGUGGUGUUAUAGACCUUGACGGUGACUCUACAACACCACCAGCCACGAGCGAGCUGGCGCACCACAUGUUGCGCAAUAUCUUGCAGGGCAAGAAGGACCUGAUGGCUCUCGAUCACGAGCUGCGCGCGACGAUCCAGAGCAACCAGAGUGGCCAGCAGCACGGCGGUCGGCUAUCGCCGGACAACAACAAUGUGAUCGGUAGCAAGAACAACAACCACAGCAACGCGAUCUUCGACGUGAGCAAAGUUAGUGAGAACAGUCUCGGCACGAUCGUGAACGGGUGCGAGCUGAGUGAUACGAGUGAGGUGGGUGCGUCCAAGGGUGCGUCCAGUGGUACGGGUGCUUCGUCCGCCAAGCACCGGGCGGCAAACGGCAAUAAUCAAAAUGCGAAAGCGACCCACGGCGCUAGUGAUAGUACGAAAUGUGAUGAUUUGCUGGGAACGUCCGCGGACGUUUGCCGCUUAGCGAAUGGUGGCAGUGCCGGUGUACCGGUGGAAACGAUCAAUCCGAAGCAGGAGAAGAGUGAUGUGAUCGAUGAGCUGGUGGCAUCGCUACCGGACGAGGUGGACGAAACCGUACCUUCGCCGUCAUCCUCAACCGGUGGCGCCAGUCCCGGUGGGCUUAUCGCGAAGCAGGAGAUGAUGGAUCUGGACGAUUGCUGUCUCGACGAUAAGGAUCGGGACGAGCGAACGCCCACGCCGGGCAGUGGCAUUGUGCCGGGUCGUGCCGAACCGGAAGCGCUUAACAUGAAGCGUGCGCGGGUGGAAAACAUUGUGUCAUCGAUGCGCGCUAGUCCCGCGAUCCUGUCCCAGCCACAGGUGAACGGUUGCAAAAAGCGCAAACUGUACCAUCCGCAGCAGCACGAUAAUAGUGCGGCCGAACGGUACGCAGCAGCGGCAGCGGCCGGCCUUAAUCUUGGGCUCACGUUGCAGAACUUCAUGCUGAGCAGUAGUGCAGCGGCCGCAGCAGCGGCAGCGGCAGCGAACAAUACCUCCACACCGGUAACCGAUCCGACAACGACCGACGAUGAUGAUGAUCUGGUGGAAACGGUCACGACACCGCACAUUCAUCAGAAGCGGGUGGAAAAGGACGUACUUAAGUCGCAGCUACGCUCGAUGCAGGAACAGCUGGCCGAGAUGCAGCAGAAGUAUGUGCAAUUGUGCUCGCGCAUGGAGCAACAGUCGGAUACCACGCAGGAGGUGGUAGACGACAGUUCCUCGAGCGACAUCAUGGAGGAUGACGUGAGUGCACCGGACCUAUCGCCGGAGAAGCCUCACCUAUCGGCUUCGACACCGGUUAAGGAUGUGGCUGGGUCGAAGGGUCAGUCGAAUGCGGCGGCCGCCGCAGCAGCAGCGGCAGCGGCAGCCGAUGCCUCCAGCAUGCUCCAGAUGAUGAGCAAGAUGAUGUCGGCUAAGCUGCACAAUGCGCUGCCCACGACGCACCCGCUACAGACGGGUGGCUUCAAUGGCACGCAUCCGUUUCUGCAACACAUGCAGCAAGCGGCGGUCGCUGCGGCAGCAAUGCCGCACGAAACCAUCGGUCAGCAGCAAACGCCCCAGCACAGCCAGCAGAUGAGUAACGCUGCGGCCAUGUACCAGAAACUGUUUCUCGAGCAGGAAGCGCGGCUAGUGAAAGCGGAACAAGUGGAACGGAAUCUGCAGGCUUCCAAUCAACAGUUGCUCCAGCAGCAACAGCAGCAGCAGCAGCAGCAAUCGAUUCAACAUCAGCAAGCCCAGCAGCAACAGCAGCAGAUUAUGCCGCAAUCGCAGCAGCAGCAGCAGCAACAUCCAGCACUUUUGCCGGACCGGAAUUCCGGCAGUGGCGCAUCACAGACGCAGCACCAGCAACAUUCGCCGCCGCAUCCACAGCCGUCCCAGCAAUCCUGUGGAUUAGUGCAGCCGAUGCCGACGAAUGCACAGCUACCGCCGCUCUCUGCCGCCCAGCAGCAGCAGCAGCAGCAGCAACCACAUCCACCAGUGCAAUCGCAACAACUUUCGCCAACACACGUCCCAAUGCAAACAGUGCCGCAGGCGGCAAAUCAUGUAGCAUCGACAUCGAUGGGUGGUCACAUCCCUUCACUGCCGAAGGGAUCAUCCAUUCCGUCCGAUUUGACGAACCGCUUGAACAUGAUGCGCUCGAGCGCCACCUCCGUUGGUCCCAUGUCCGGUACCGAUCUGGAGGGUCUGGCGGACGUGCUGAAGACGGAGAUUACAGCAUCGCUGUCGAAUCUGGUCGAUUCGAUCGUGACGAGGUUUGUGCACCAGCGACGAUUUCUAGGCAAGCAGUCGGAAGCAGCGGCUGCUGCGGCCGAGCAGCUAAACAAGGAUCUGCUGAUGGCUUCGCAGCUACUGGACCGCAAGUCACCGCGCACCAAGAUAAGCCAGCCGGACCGCAACGGUAGUAUGGGCGCCAGUCAAUCAGGUAAUGCACCUAUGCUAAGUACACCUAGUCUUAACAACGCACCCCUACCGAUGGCCCCCAGCGUGGUGGGUAUGUCCGCACCCACCGGUAACUGCGUCCAGCAGCAGCCACCGUUAGCGAACGUUAACGGUUGUGCCGGACCACGGUUAAACGGGAGUUCCUUUCCCGCGAUGCCGGCAAUGCCCGCCAUGCACGUACCGGCUGCGGGUUCGGCACACGACCCGAAGGGUGGCCAGCAACAACAGCAGCAGCAGCAACAGCUCGCAGCUGCGGCGGCCAGUAUGAACUCGAUCGGUAUGCCUCCUCAUGUACGUCCUUCUCCUUCUACAGCUAUGUUCCAAACAUCGAAAACGCCACAGAACAUCAAUCCGGUUGCGGCGGCGGCGCUCUACAACUCGAUGAACCAGGCCCUCGGGACGCCGACCCAGGUGAAUCCAUUCUGUCUGCCACCACCGGAACCCCGCGAACACAAUCCCGAGCAGAACGAGGCGCUCAGCCUUGUGGUGACGCCGAAAAAGAAGCGACAUAAGGUGACCGACACGCGCAUUACACCACGAACAGUGAGUAGAAUUCUUGCUCAGGAUGGCAUUAUUCCGUCCUCGAAUCAGGUGCAAGUUGAUUCACAACAAUCUCAACAACAGCAGCAGCAGCCGCCAUCGCAGCAGCAGCAGUCGCAGCAACAGCAGCAACAAUCGCAACAACAGCAGCAACUUCCAAUGGGGGCAGCCAACAACUGCCAUGGGAACGGUCUGGGGAGCAACAACAGCAGCAACAAUAAUAACAACAACAGCUGUAGCAAAAACAAUAACACCCUGAGUGGGCAAGGACAGCAACAGCAGUCCCAGUCUCAGGUUGCAGCGCAGCAAACGACCCCAGCCCAGCAGCAACAGCAGCAACAAACGCAACCUUCCCAGUUUAACAGCCAGUCGGCCGGUACGGUACAACCGACCGGUCCGACAACCCCAACGGAUUGCAAAUCGCCGAGGUCGUCCUUCCAUGGGGCUGCCUCGUCGAUGCUGCCCGUCUCACUGCCUACCUCGGUUGCGAUUCCGAACCCAUCGCUGCACGAGUCGCAAGUCUUUUCGCCCUACAGCCCCUUCUUUAAUCCGCACGGUCCGCACGGUGGCCCGCACGGUCCGCAGCCGUCGCAGUUCCACCACAUGAAGGUGUCGUCAAGCCCGCCCGGUAUCAAUGGCAUGCUGGAUCCGCGCGAUUCCCCGCCACUACCCCACCCGCCAACGAUGCUACAUCCGGCCCUGCUGGCAGCCCAUCAUGGCAACUCACCGGACUACGGACAUAUCAGAGCGUCGAUGGAUGUCAACGAUCGCAACUCGGACUGCACCUCCGCUGAUAUUUCCUUCAACGGAAUGGAACCUACUAUAUCCUUUUCAAAUCUACAACUUUUUGAUCCUUCCAUUGCAGCUAACCAAUCCUUAACUCCGGUGAACUCGUCAACCCUGACGCCGAUGCACCUGCGCAAGGCGAAGCUGAUGUUCUUCUGGGUACGGUACCCAAGUUCAGCCGUGCUGAAGAUGUACUUCCCAGACAUCAAGUUCAACAAGAAUAACACCGCCCAACUGGUCAAGUGGUUCUCCAAUUUCAGGGAAUUCUACUACAUUCAAAUGGAGAAAUACGCCAGACAGGCGGUAAGCGAGGGCAUGAAGAAUGCGGACGACAUCCAUGUAAGCAAUGACAGUGAGAUUUACCGCGUCCUCAACCUACACUACAAUCGGAACAAUCACAUUGAGGUGCCCCAAAAUUUCCGAUACGUUGUUGAGCAGACGCUGCGUGAAUUCUUCCGCGCGAUUCAGGGCGGCAAAGACACCGAGCAGUCGUGGAAAAAAUCAAUUUACAAAAUCAUCUCCCGAAUGGAUGAUCCUGUGCCGGAGUAUUUCAAAUCUCCGAACUUCCUCGAGCAGCUGGAGUAAGUUUUAAGCAGAUACGUUACUAAUUACGCAACCGGGCUCCCUUUGCAAAAGGGAGAAAACUGGAGUUAAGCAAAAGAAAUUAAAAAAAAUGUAGCCGAAUGAAAAAAAAUGGAGAACAAAAACAAAAAGGAGCAAACAAGCUAGAGCUAGAGCGUGUCAACCAAACUAAACUAAAGCAAACUAACACAAAAGUGAAUACCAAAAAAAAAAACAAGCAAACAAAAGCAGACAGCCCGCCAAAAAAUAAAUGGCUCGUUACAGAAUUAAGGACACCGAAUCAAUAAUAGGAAAAAGGGACAAAAACAAAGAAAUAAAAGAGUAAGUAAUAUAUGAACUGCACUAAGUGUGCAAUGGAAACGAAAACAAAAUGAAGAAGAAGAAGAAAAAAACAGAGAGUAAUUUUAUUAUUAAAAUUAAAGUAAAUUAUACAAAAUUGUUAUCUUAAAACAAAUUUAUGAAAUAUGAGUAUGAGGUGAAGGGAGAGAGAGAGAGAGAAAAAAAAACAGAAGAGAUAAGUAAGGUGUAAACAUACAAAAUACGAGUGAGCAAGCGGAAAGAAAAACAAAAAACGGAACAGAGACUAUAUUAUUUAACAAAGCAAGAAAACAAACGACAAGAAAACAAAGAGAAAAACAAACCCUAAGGCAAAGCACGAAGCGCGAAAGCUGAAAAAGAAAUGGGAAAUUUUUCAAUGCGUUACUACCUACCAAAACACACAAAAAGCAAACAACGGCAACAACAAAAAGAAACAAAUAAUGCAAAAGCAGUAAAACAAAGACAACAUUCGCGGUUCCUAUAAUAUGUAGUGCGCUUUUCCCACAGAGCGUACGGCUGCCAGUAACAAAGAAAAAAAAAAACACACACACGCGCGAAAAACUUUCCAAACACAAGAAAAAGUGUACCGCCACAGUGAAAUUGGGCGACCGAGACCGUGCCGCGAAAAAAGGAUGCGUGUCACGAUCGCCAUCUUAAGCGCGUGGUAUUUGUGGAUCCAUGUUUGUUACGAAAACAAUGGGUGCGCGGACGCGUGUGUGUUUGUCUGUGGCACAUAUGAUACGCGGGAAAAGCCUUCAAAUUUAUUACUGUCCGAGCAGCAGCAGCAGCAGCAAACCUGUGAAAGCAAAGAAGUAAGAGCGCGUAAAAAGAAAUGCUUUUGAAGAUGACGAGGGAUGAGGCAGCUAUUGAUGCUCUCCCUCCUGAACCCAUGUGGUAUUUUUCGACAUUGAAUUAUCGGGGCGUUCAAAAAGCGAAACAAAAAACUAGUAUUUAGAUGGAACAAAAAAAUCGAAAACAAAAAGCAAGACACCUACACGGCAAACCUCAAAAUUUACCAAUUUUUAAGUAUAUUUAAGGAGCAACACAAAAAAAAACAAACAAACCAAAACAAAACACAAAGCGCACUAAACUUGCGAGUGCUUUAUGUCCCCUUGCAGUAAACCAAAAAAAGGGGGCGCCACAUGAUGGCUCUUGAGCAAAACGAUAAGAACGAGCGAGAACACGGUGUUUAGGACGGUAAAGAAGCUGCCAAAAAAAAUCGGAAAAAAACAUGCGUUCCGGAAAGAGGAAAAACAAACAACAGCAAACGAAAAACACGACGAAUGAAUGCGGCGUUUCUGAACACGAACAACAACACUGAUGUAAACUGUAUUGCGCAUCGUCAUGGACAGUGUCUAAUUUACAAUCGGCGUCUAAAUUAUAUGUACAUUUGUGGUAUUUUGCUUACCGAGCAUCUGUUUUUUCCCCAAAAAAAGUUUUCUGCAGGAUGUCUUAGACUGUCGGUGACUUUAGGGCAAGGCGUGUGUAAGUUUCCUACACGUCCGCACCUCAUCCAUGACCUGCGUUCAUGGUUUCUUUAUUUCUGUAUAGCUAGCUAUUAGCGCAUUAGUUCUAUCGUCUAGGUUUAGGAAUCGUUAGAAGAAGUAUAUUGCGCAAGGCAUGUGUACAAACGUCAGCUAGUAGCAAGUAGCGGUGCGCGGAUCGCGAACUCCAAGAUUAGUCCUUGGACAUAGAUCACUCGAAGCAACGGAAUCAGACGACUGAGGCGUUGAACACUUCACGUUGUUUUAUUUUUAUUUUCUUUGUAAAUUGCUUUCGGUUUUUGGGGCUUUAUGUAAAUAUGUUUAUUUAUUACCAAUACUUUUUUCACCCCUCCCCACGGAAGCGGCAUUGAGGGGAUGUUGAAAAUAAAUUAUGUUUACCUACUGGAAGCGUUCUAAACUAUUAAAACAAAAUUAUCAAAAUUCCAAAUUUACAUCAACUAGCAUGGAUCGUGUUUAGGUAGCGAAAGUGUUUUCUGUUGUGUAUCAUUUCCAAUCGUCCCGCACGCGUGCGCGCGCGUGUAUCGUUGUCGUAUGAAAGUUUUUGAAUAUUUUUAGGCAAAACUCAUCGCACACGUUUGCAUCGAUAUCGCGUAGAACCCGUGAUAUGGUUUUGCAAACGUGCACGAUGAUCGAAAUUAGAGGCAAAAUUUGUUACUUCUGGAAGGUGGAGAUGAGCAUUGUAAUUGUGGGUCGACAAAGCGUAAGUUUCGUUUAUUGUUUUUGGCGUUGUUUCGGCACUUUAGGCAAAGAAAAGAGAAACGAUAGAAAGAAAAUGAAAUGAAAGGAGGUAAUGGAUGGGAGUGUAAAUCAAGCGCCCUGAUCCAUGUUGCUUCGAGUAGAUAAACAUACCCAAACACAGAAAAGUUAGCGUUCGUACGAUCUUGGCGUAUCCCGAAGGCAAGGAGAUAGUACACAGGGGGGUUGGUCACGAUUGGAGGAUUGUAUACGUUGACGGUAAUUCGAAUGCAAAAUUAUUGUUUCGAUCAUGUAACGGGUGGUUAUUCUUUCUUACGAACAUUGGAAACAAUACUAACUUUGGUGCGAUCGACACGAUCGAUCGAUCGUGUUGUGUUUUUAGUAUUAUUUGUUUUUACUGUUGAUGCGCAGUGAUUUGAUAUUUUGGUGGAUCUUUUUUUUCUGGAGAAUUCUUUCUAUGCACGAAAGUGUCUGUGUGUAAAAUGAUGAUUGGUGUUGAGAUUUCGACGUAUGUACCACAAACAUAUUAGAUCAAUUACAUUGACAAAAAAGUAUUGCAAUAGAAUCUUAACCAAGUUGCGGCACACUCCAACGCACUCUGGCCAGGGAUGAAUAAAACAAUCAAAUCCAACCGAUCAGUUUACACGCAACACGCAGCACGAAAAGAAAGGAAUGCUCGAAUGCUCGAAUCACACCAAAAACCACAUCACAGAAAUACAUUUUAACAAAAAAACCAAAGCUUAUUUGUAACCGAAGGCAAAUCUCAGACAUUGGAGAUGUACAGACUCCGGUGUCGUUUGCUUUUGUUUUAGUAUUUAGGCACACUAAUUAAAGACAAACUUUACUUUGAUCUUUUCGAAAAUAUCGCUCGAUCAGAAAAAAAGUAAGCGUAUGAAGAGGGUGACAAAAAGAGAAGUGAUCGUAUUUACGUUGCACUAAAAUAACUUUGCGAGUUUCCUAGUCGCGUCGACCCAGAAUCGAGCUAAUUGAGCCUCCAUUAAGCUUCCGGCUGUUCGGAGAGGAUCUUAGACACGUUCGCAAAACAAAACAAAAGUAAAGAAAACCAAAAUCAUUACUAAAAAAAAUCGUGCACAUUCUGCAGUGCAUUACGCAAUUGGAAGGAGAAAAAUUAACGGAAACGGAAAAAAACAAAAUAUUAUACCCUGGUUUACUGGCUUGUACGAAGACGAAGAAGAGACCUGCUUAUAUACAUAUAUGGUUAGCAAUGAGUUAGCUUAAGAGAUAUAAUUUUUUUCGUCCUUAUCCUAGUAUUGAACCGAUUGAAUGAUGAAUCAUUAUUACCUAUAAUUGGCAUUAUAAAUGAGUACGCUUCUUCCAAACUAGGACAGUGUGCGGCAAACUGACCGCCACACUUGGAAUGGUUUGUAAGAGGUAAACAAUGUACAAACAAAAGAAACAACAAACAAAAAAAAUAAAGAAAAAUUAUUACUAUUUCAAAAUCUAUUAAAAAUUAUUGUCCUCAAAAUUCGCAUUAUCUCCACUUAUCUACCCUCUUGUGCACUGUUUGUGACUUUUUAUUUGUUUCUUUUUUAUCGGUUUUGUGCGUGUGUGUAUUUGUUAUUUUAUUUUGUUCCGAAACGAAAUUGUGCUACAUUGAAAAGCAUCCGUUUUUUUAUAAGUUUAUUGAAAAAAGAAUUGGAAACAAAAAGUUCCUUUAAAAAUUAUGUUGUCUUUUUAUUUUAAAAAAUACUCUAAAAUCAAAAUUAUGAACGAGACGAACGCGCGGUGGUAGUAAAAAUACGCGGGGAAAUUAUCCUAUUUAUAUCAUGCCUUCCAAAAUUACACAAAAAAUUAAAACGACGAAAGUAACUGAAAUUGUGAUAUUAAUCAUUUAAAGUCAACCCCUUCCAUUCCGUGAGUGUAAUGGGUGUAUGGUGAAUUAGAGCAGGAUUUGGAACGUUUCGGGCGAUUGAAUCGCGGGCAGAAAGCCCAAGAUUUGCCUCACGUUUCGCUCCGAUCGCCAUGCGCAACCAUCCCGGGAUGUCCAACGGUGGUGACUCCGUGCAACUCUAGACGAUCUAGAGAUUGCUCUAGUCUAGCGAAUAAUUGUUGAACACAAAGAAAGUAAAUCAAAUUAACCUUUUCGGCCCAAUGGAAACCAAAGACGUUUCGGCAUUUCUUUUAGGCAUUUACGGUAUAAAAGGCAUACGCGGGUGCGGGUACUAGGGCAUAUGACAAAACUUUUCGGCCAACUACUUAAACCAAGAGGAGAAGGGAGAGAGAGAGUAUACUGUUACAGAGUAUUUGUUUGUGCUUAUCGUUUUAGAAGGUGCUGUUCGGUACAAAAAAAACCGUUCGGUACGGCUUAUGUUUUUUGUUGAGAGAUUUUUAAAAGAAGAUACGGUAUAAAUUUUUCGAAAAAGGAUGGAUGCGAUGGUAGUACGCUUGUACCGGCAAACUGUUUUGCAUCCGUUUUCCGGCAUCCGAUUAUCGAGUAGUGUACCCAUAGAUCUUGGUGCAUCUGGCAGUCAAAAUGAUCCGCAAACCGGUCUACUGCAAAAUGGUUACCGCUGCUUCCUGAACCCGGUGGCACAGCGCUUCGCUCAUGCCAGGUGUGACACAACGAUGUUGCGCAGAAGCAGCAGCAAAAGCAUUAAAUAGUAAACAAUAAAUAAAUGGAUAAACAGCAUACACACUUAGUUUGUAAGUAACGAUUUCAACAAACCAGUAUCUUACCAUAACACAGCAUCAAACACACAGAGAAAAAAAAACAUUAACGUAAAAGACAGUAAUAGAACGCGAAAGCGUAUAAUUAAAUGGUAGAGCUAUAGGUACCAUGUGCAUGUGUUUUACUUACUGCGGGCUCACACAGCCCGGUGCAGUAAAACUUAAUCAAUUCCCAUAUUAAUCAGUGUGUGAGUUACAGUGCAAACAUACAGCCGCCUAGACUAGGCGCCAGCAAACAGAAGCAGAAUUAAAAACCCAAAAAACAUAGAGUGUAACACAAAACAAUAGCCAGAUAACUCAGACAACCGUUUUUUCAAUUCUAUACUUCAAACCAAACGGAACAAAAAAACAGCAAAACUAAAUAACCCAAAUCACGUCCCGGCAUGAGUGAAGGGAGCUGCAAAGCUAGCAGCUCUAGUUGGUCGCUGUACCGCGGGCAAGGUUCUGUAUGUGUAGCUGCCCAGAAGCCGCUACUCCGCAGAGCACUCCGGUGCCACUAGGUGACGCACCGAACGAGUACUUCGUUUCCGCUCGAAAAAAAAAACUGAUCAAAAGCACAGUCCCAAGGUAACUCUAUUUCUCCGGAAUGCUUCAUCACAAUUGCCGAGAUUAGCCACAACAAAUCUCCUAAGCCCAAGCAGGAAAGCUUUUUUCGGACAUUCGCGUUCGCGUUACCAGAUGUGUCCGGUACGGACGUGGAGAGAAAUCAGACGUGCAGACCGUUCCUUGGAGGGCCCAAUAAGUCUUCCCAAUGUUCGCCAUCUUAACUACGACCUUGACGAUUUCCUGUCGGAAUUCUGGUCUGGAUGUGGGGAUAGGCGGAUAGGAAUCGGCAGUCUUGUUGGAGUCUGUGAUUUUGCGCGAUUUUCAUCACGGGCUUCAUACAGCACUGUUCCCAGCCCGGUCUACAAUGUCACACUGUAGCGGACGCUCGUGAAUUCACCAACAUCCACAACAUAUUUCGAGCGUGGGCCGGUAUGCGCGUGUGAUUCGAUCGCUUCGCGCAAUCGAAGGCGUGAUCUCCACUAUUCUACCAACCGGGCGAUGGCUUCACCCAGUUUCUUAACACUUGUUUCGGUCUGCCCAUCAGCUUAGACCGAACCGGGAGGACCAUUAUUGCAGAUGGUUUGAGGCUUUCCUGUUAACUGCAUAAGCUUGCGCUUGGGAAACUAUGCAAAUGUGUGUGUGUGUGUUUGGUGCAAUUCGACAGUUAGGCUAAACGUGUGCGCCCGUGUUCCCUUACUGCUGAGUGUAUCCAGCACGCGCAAAAUGGCUGCCAUGAGCAGCGAUUGCACUGGUGAUAGCAGUUAUCUGUCUGUGCUUUUAUCAUUGAUGAAACUAUUGUUCGCUGCAUCGCCUCAAGUGUGCUUGCGAUGCUGCUAUCGGAGAAGAAGAAUACAGUGAAAACAGCUAACUACUAUCGGAAAGCGUGGUAGAACUCUUCAGGAGGUGGUUUAACCUUAAAGUAGUGACCUCCAAACGGACAGACAAAACAAUGGAGACGAGAUGUUUCCGGGAUUGAAUCUCGAUAAUCUGCCAACGGAUCAGUGAGCCGGUGGACUUUUUGUAAAUAGUUUCCCCUUUUUAACCUUAGUCUGUCGUUCUAUUUAUGCAAAUUGUGUAGAUUUUUUUUAUUCUCGCUCAUUAGACAUUGGAAACAUUGGAGUACAACCGAAGGGGGAUAUUGUAAUUUGGAAGUGUGAAAUCGAAAAACAAACCAAAUUAAUUUCUCGGCUCGUUUCGACUAAAAACACCUUAUGCUUGACCAGCUGUUGUUUUACGAACGUCUCGAUAUCGGUUGAUAUAAAUUAGAUAUGUAAGAAAUGUUUGGGUAAGUUUUGAUCGUGCAUGAAUUGGCUUAAGCAUUCAUUUUAAGAGCGUAUAUUUCUCCAAAAGUAUACAAAAAAAACCUCAAAAUCCAUUCCAUUCUUCUUCAAAAAUGCAAUACCAAGUGAAGCAACUUUUACGAGAACUUCAAAUUUCAGCUCUCAAAAGACAGAGAAAGCACAUCGACAGUAUUGAAUAAUGACAUAUCAUUUCGAUUUUUCGACCAGUAUGAAAUGAAAUGUAUUUAAGUAAUUUCGUGUUAGUUUAACAUCGUUUUGCUGUAACCACCCGUAGAUUUAAAAUUAAAAACAAAAUCGUACGGAAUUUCAAAAGCAAAACAACACAUGAAAAGGUCCUCCAAGCGUGAAUAGAGUUUGAAGAAUGUCGAAUUGAAGAUAGUUAGAAUGUUUUGUUAAGAUUUUUUCCUCCCAACGCCCUUUUGACAAUUACGGAGAAUUGUUAACUAAUCGUGUGAAAAAUUUGCAAUAGAAUGGCUACAGUUAUAUGUUUUUUUAUAUUACUUUAAUAUUUGUCUGUACCCAGCAACCAUUUUGACUUACUAAAUGUGAAACCAAAGCUUAUUUCAUGCGUGUAAGUCAAGUUCGACGACAUCCUAUGUUUACUAAUGAAUUUACCAAUUUCUAUAUCUCCAUGCUCCGUAUAUUAAAUUAAUUUCACGAAUUACUACCCCUAAGUGGAAAUGCUAAAUUAAAUUUAAUCAAAACAAAAACAAAAAAUUCAAUGCAAUACAGUUUACAGCAAAGCAAGUCAGAAACUUAUAGAAGAAAAAACACAAACAGCAAUCGUAAAGUCUGAAAUGUAAGAACGUGUUUAUUUCCCAAUUUUUCGGGGGGAAAUAAAAACUCUAUCCCCCCAAAAAAAAAGCACUAAAUGUUACACACUACAUCAUCACUACACCACAGAAGAAGAUGAAGAAAACAAUAAGAACGAGAAUAAUUGUUGGGCAACUUUUAAUUUCGGGCCAAUAUCGUUUUAAUUUUUAACCUUUUUGGCGUCAAUUUAAUAGCGGGAUUUAGUAACGGAAAGGACUGAGAGUGUUUGCAAAACAAAAAAGGGCAACGCUUUAACGAAACCUUUUAGACACAUGUUUCGGCAUAUAUAUAUAAACAUAUAUUCAGAUGAAUGAGCGGUUGACAUAGCAUUAAGAUCCGGCAUAGCUAAAAAGAAGAGAGAAAAAAAGAAACACAGAAUACAAUAUUACAGGAUAGAACAACAAACUACAAAACAAUUUGCAAAACCAAUUUGCAGAACAAUAGCAGCCCCCCCCAACAAACACAUACUGCAAAAUGGAGAAUCAACCAUUUUGUUGGUGUGCGGUAAUAGUAACGAGACAGCAUUGACCUCCAUCGAUGCCAGGAAAAAAAACACACACAAGUAAAUUGAUAUAUAUCUAUAAUUGCCACAACAGAAUCAAACAGCACAAACCUGAAAUAGACAUAGUCAGUUUGGGAAUGCAAACUGACACAAACAAGGGGUAUAUUAGCAAAUGCAACAUACUCAGGGAAUAGUGUUUACAACCAUUCGAUAGGUUUUCAUAUACUACGCUGUAAAGAGGAAGAAACAGAGCAUGGGAGAGUGUAAGAGAUGGGAGUGAACUUCUGUUUCAUUUGACUGAUUUUACAGCAGUGUUUAAGAUGGAGAAGAACACCGAUCCAGAUCUUCUAUUGUGAGUGAUCUGCCCACGCCGAUGUACGUGUGGUUGUGUGUGUGCGUAUGAAACAGUCAUAUACAGGAUAUAUAAUCAUUAACCGUAAUUUAAAUUUAAUGCAAAUAAGAAUUUCAUGAAUGUUGUAUAAAGCCGCUUGACCAUGAGAUCGAAACCGGAACCUGAUAUACUCCCCCAAUAUUGCCAAUUCUUUGUAAAAAAAAAACAAACAACAAACAAACACACCGAAACCAGCAACAAACUAAUUAACCGUCAAAUGCAGUUACCUGCAAUAACUGCAUACAACCGGAUGAUAAAAGGUAGGAACUAUAAUAAUAAACAACAACGCGCUGUGAUUGCAGAAAACCGAACCCCAUCGAACGUUUCAUGAAACUCUCAGCUCGCAUAUACAACUGGAGGAAUGACGCACGACAGUGACUGAAUCCUUCAAACGAUUAUUUAUACUUUCCUUCCGUAUUGGUGCUGUACAGGCUCCAUUCAUCCACAGGGAAUGGAGGGCAUCUUUCGCAGCACCGUUUAUGGUUUUGAAACGCAAGGUGAACAAGUACGAAGGUGGAAAUACCGGUUAUUAUAAACAGAAUAAAUCUUGCAUUUUACCCACUAAAUACGCCCAAAAAAAAACCAUCCAUCGGGCAGAGAGAUCGAGUGCCAACACCACCAAACAAACGGUGCUCACUCUAAAGUGGAAUGUACAAGAGAACUUUUUCUUUUAACGAAGUGAAAAAAUCAUGAAAUGAAAAUCGAACCAAUUACAUCAACAGCAGCAAGUUUGAUGAUGCGAAUGGAAGCGUAAGCGAAACAAAGAAAUUGAACAAACUAAGCCAAAUAAAAGGUUAUCGAUUGUGGGGCUAAAAGUUGAACAACAACCCGAAAGCGACCCCACAAUCAUCAGACGCACAUACUGGACAAACUUCGUGAACAAAACUUUCAAAACAAUAUAUUAGAGCAACGGAAAGGUUGAACUAAGCACUGGAAAUUAAAGCAAAAGAUUUCAUUCUUAACCCUCAUGUUCAGAAUAUUGUGGAUUAAGAGAAUAAGGAAUUUGCUUUCCACUCUUUGGAGCGAAAUUUAAUGUGUUUUUUUUCUUUUUUAUUUAGUUAGUUUUUUGGGAAAAAUUUCGAAAGUGUCAUACUUUCCGAAACAGAAGAAGAAAAACAUUUCUGCAUUCCCUGCUAAAAUGCAGAUGCAGAUUCUUAAUUUAUUUUUUGAUAAAUUGAAACUCAUCGAAACGAGGUUGUAAUUGUACAACUCAUUGCAAAUUUCAUCGUAAAUUCGUGGAACGAGGAAAAAAAACAAAAACAGUUUCCCUGUUUGUGCCGAUAUAGUUUAAAGUACAGUAUAAAUUAUAAAAAGAUGAGCAAGACAAGGACAGGAAACGAAAUCUGUAUAAAUUAAGCAAUGUUGUGAACAAAACUGUCACGGCCAUUGCUAUAGGGCUUUCAAGCAGAAUACACAAAAUUGUUUUAUAAAUUUCAAGCUUUAUUGUGAAAUCAAUCAGCUUAUAUAUGUUUGAAUGAUUUAUUUUCCAAAUUUUUUCCCCGCUUUUUGAUUCAUGCGAUUAAUUUUAUGACGAUUAAAGGAAAAAAAUGAACUUUUUUUUUCGUCCGUAAAAGGAUUGUUUCGAAUUAAAUGAAAAUUAAGCAAAGAAAAUUUUCAACGUUUUUUUUCUUUAAAUGCAAUUCGAAUUCGAAGCAAAAGCUAACACAUCAUUUACUAUGAUUCCAAGUUAUUACUAAAAAAAAGAACAAAUCCCCAAAAAUGAAAACUGCUGUUUGAUUAUAUUUAAAUCAUACAAAUUAAUCAUUUCAAUUGUAAUAAAACUCGAAACCAAUUUUCACACGCCUCACCAAUGGUUGACGCGAAGAACGGUGAACCGUCACAACGUGCACACGGCGACCAAACCCUGCAUCACGGCUCGGUACGCAAAACAGCAAUGUUUUUUUCUGUUUUCCUUGCAAAAUUGCUCUUGGAGAGACAAAGAAACGAAAACUCUAACCCACCGAUUUUCGGGUGCUCUUACCAAGCGUCCGCAAAUAAAGCUGGGUGAGUUUUGGGACGUUCAACGAUGCCAGAUGGAAGUGAAGUACAACCAAAAAAAAAUUACACUAUAAAAAUAAAAACCCCCAAAAAAAUGUACUACCCACGACCAUGGUGCAUUCGUCGCCUGCCUCCGAGCUGCAGCAUUGAAAUCACCGAACCGGGCGUUUAUUGUUUGGGCAGUGUACGGUGCAAGUUCGCUGCAUUUCACCGGCUGCUAACCGUCUACAGCUAGCCUUUCGGUCAACUAUCGGUGGCGUUGCGUGUUAGCUACUUUAUAUACACCGAAACAAACUAACACACAAACUCGCAUGCUAAUAUUAAAAUAAAUUUUAAAACAUACUACAAAACAUGCAACCAACUAAAGCAAACAAAAAAAAAUCAAGCAUUUGACAACAUUUAUACCAAAAACAGAAAAAACCCAAAAUGAAACAACCAAAUCUGAUCACAAAAAUAACAAUCAAAAUAAAGCAACUAUCGGCAGGUGUGGUGCGAUAGACAAUAUUACAACCUUUUUGUCACAGCGCAACACUUCGAUAGUAGCGAACAUGAAACGAACAAACAAUUGCUCGGCAAACGUAUCGUAACUCGGUGAGCAUCCACGUUACCAGCAAGUGGUCCAUACCGCGGUUCACCGUAACGUGCGUUAUGCUUAUCACAUCCCACCAUCCGUGAUAGGACGAUUGGGAACUGCUCACCAUCAACGUAGGGCACUCGUUGCCCUUCCCCCCCAAUUCGUUCGAAACGAGCAAUAGCGAUUUAAUUUUAGCAAAACAAUCGAACUUUGGCUAAUAAUGUAUCACUUUUGAAACAGUCUGGCUAGAACGAUCUGAUCACAGUAAAUUGAGAACAUGAAAACUCCGAAAACUCACUCAACACAAUUAGGAGGAGUUUUAUCAAGCAGCAAAUACUGCGGAAUACUAUAGCAUUAGUACACGGAAAUUUCAAAAUAAAUCACAAAAGAAGAUAACAAAAAAAUACCCCACCAUAAUUGGAUAACCUAUUUAUGUUCAGUUAAUCAAACAAGAUAAACCGGAUCUUUGUUUUGUUGUUACGGAGAAGAAGAAAAGAAGAAAAAAAACAGCAGUUUUGUAGCAGUUUUAAGCUGAUAACUGAACCAAUAAUUUGGUACAUUAUCAUGUUAAUGUUUAUAACUUCAUUUUCAUCUACUACCGAUUGGCAUUGGAUUUUUUGUUGAUUGGUCCGUUUCAAGACACAACGUCCCAAAUGGCAGAAGAAAACCAAAAAAAAAACAGCAAUAGACAUUUUAUACAGAUUGCUGAGCAGAUUUAUGAUGUUGAUUUGUAUGUGUUGAUUUUCAACUUUCAUUGUUUGAAUUGCUUUUGUGUUGUACUUUUUUUUCUAUUUUACAUUCUGUUAAAUUCUAUUUCUGUGUUUAGUUUAUUGUGUUGUUUAAUGUUUUCUUUUUAUCUACUUUCUUGUUUUAUCUACUUUAUUGUUUAUUUCUCCCUUGUAAUUUAUAAAUUAUUUGUUUUUAUAAUACUGUUUAUCUAAUCAUGUUUUUAAACUACUGUUUUUCCAUCAGUGUCACAAAUCUGCUCAGAGAAACGAAACAUAUAAAAUAUACUGGAAUGAUUUUUCAACUUUGAACCAAACAAAAUGUAACAUUUUUCAUUUCCAAUUGAGUAAAACCAUCCUAUGUUUAAAUGCAUAAAGAAGCAUUAAAAAAAAGUAAAUGAAAUGAAGCAACAACAAGCAAACAAAAUACAACCAAACAAUUCAUUACCAUUCACCGUAAUCCAGUUUUAUGAUCCAAAAUUGACAGCAAAAAUAACGACCCCCAAAAAUGAGCAACAAAAACAAAAAGGGAAUGCUUUAAAAUUCUCUUCUAAUUAUCACACCGUUUUUGAAGCGAAAGCAACAAAAUUGCUCUUUUAAAUAACAAAACAAAACCAAAACUCCCGGAAAACAAAACAUCUACGAUACGAUUUAGCUGCGCCAGGCUAGUUCGUGAAGCAAAAACGAAUAACAGAAAAACCAACCUAAAACGAAAAAACGCAAAACCAAAACCAAAGUAAGCAAAAUUCAAAAUUUGUUGAUGUAUGCAAACAAAUGCAUACGAAGGCGAACAUCAUCGCUGAGAGAAGCUGACCCACAACGGGAAAGCUUAUUAACUAAAUAUCUAAUCACGUAAAGGAAUGAAGUAUACCACCAUCAACAGGUCAGGAAAGACGCUAGGAAAACAUCUAGGGAAAGAGAAGAAAAAAACAAACAAACAACAACAAUAACGCAAAAAACCAAAACAGAAUUCACAGAAAGAAUUUUCACUUCUAUUUUUGCAAUAGUAAAAAAUAUAUUCUCAUUCAUCUCGCAGCAUCCCUCAGCUGCAGCCACUGGAUGGUAAUAUAUUGCACAGUUUUUAGUUUACAAUAGAAACCGGCAAAGCGCGUCACGGCCAUCCGGGGCACAAGCACAAGGGUUGCUUUUACCAUCCCCGCGAUUGUGCCUGCCGUGCGUUUUUAAACUAAUAUAAAUAAACAAAUAAAAAUCACAUCAGCAAAGACAACACAUCACCACCAGCUGAAAUAGCGAAAUGAAGCAAUUUUAUUUCUCAUAAUUUUUCACUCUUAAACGCAACAGUAGGAAAACCGAGAAUGUCACCAAACAUCGACAGCUCGGCUGGCACCCGUCUGGCACUAGACAGAUCGUGCGAACUUUCGUUCUCACCAUCUUUACGAUCACACGAUCUGUCCAGGCAAGCUAACACCAACCUGUGCCGUAGUGUACAUACGGGUGCAAAACCAACAAACAAAUCGAACGCAGCAAAACAGUAAUUAAAGUAAAAACCCACAAUAGAAUGAAGAAGAAUAAAAUCUCUAUUUUCCAUUUAAUUUGCAAUAGUCACUACCACCACCACAAACAAAAAAAGGAUAAGCAAAACCCCCGUACAUACAACGCGCGCGAACAGCGUGCCAGCAAACCCAUAACCUUCUCUUUUUUUUUGGGGUGAUAUUGUCAAUCUCUUGUUCAGCAACACACGCCACCUCACCGAAACCCACCCCUUCCCCAAAAAGGCCUUCCGGCCCUCCCCCAGAAACCUUCUCCUUCCCAUCACCACCGCAAACCUCCUUACCAUAGUAACAACAAUAGACAGCAAACACAAUAGAACUAACGAAAUCCAAGCAACAACAAAACAAAAAAUCGAACUCCUUCAAAAAACAGUCGAAGUGCCUGAGGUCAUGCCUCCGACCGACCGAUCGGAAGUGACUUUUUUAAUCAUAAGUGAAAACCGAAAACUACUAGCAGCGGCGAUAUGUUGUAUGUUGUAUAUAUAGUGACACGAUCGGACGGACUAUCGACCUUCGGCUGUUCCGAUAUAAUAAGUGAAUCAACCGUACAAUAGUUAAAUAAUGCAAACAGCAGAAACAGAACAUUUUACAAAAUGGUAUUUAAGCUAAAAUGACAUAAUCAAAAGCACCCGUGUUGAAGCAGAUUGACGAUAUCACCUCAGCAAACGAAAAAAAAAGAAGAAAGGUACUUAAACGUAAAGCAAACAAAAACAAUUCGAAACCACAAACAAUGCAACAACAAAACAGAAAAUAGCAAACAAAAAACUCAAACUUACUCAAUAGGCUAAAACAAAGUAAAAUGAAAUAAACCGGAAUGAUUUAAAGUACAACACAAAAACCACUUUUUUAAAAACAAACAAACAAUAAUAAUAUUGAAUCAAAGCAGCAAACAAAAGAAAAAAAAGAGAACUUAAAUCGAAAACCAACCAAACUCAAUAACAUACAAAACAAACAGCAACAACAACAACCAACUUAAAAAAAACAGUAAAAAGCCAGAAAACAAACAAUAGUAAUAAAUGCAACAAAAGAUGAUAUAUUUAUAUUUUUAUACAAAUCUUAUUACAAGAGACAAAAUGACCGCUGCGACAUCGUUGUGUCACGUGUGAGAGAGGUCGGCCGUUCGUGCCGCCUCCGCCGUGCACCGUGUCCCGGGCAGGUGUAACGAUCGACCAGGAUCGGGAGAGUUAAUUGGGGGAAAUAUUUAAGCAAAAGGUUCAUCUAAUGUGACAUUCUUCGCAUACCAAAAACCGACCCCACCCUCCACCCUCCAUCAUCUGUAGGCCCGAUGGCAGCGAUAAAUGAUGAGCACAAUAAUGUAAUGGGACAGCGGGAUACCGGGAGCGAAGUGGGUCCGUGGGUUCAUUACAUCAAAAACCCACCUUCCACCCACCCUCCCCCUCAAUGGGCCACCCCUUCUCUGCCUCUGUUUGCAGAGUAUCGGGCCCGGUUUCCCCAAAACACCCCACCCAUAAGAGAAGCAGAAGAAGAAAUAACAAAAUGAAAGCAGAACAGUGAACACACACAAACCAUAUAGUCGUUUUAUAUAUUGAAAUCAGUAAAUUUACCAUUAAACAUCCUUAUUUUUAAACAUUUUUCUUUUCCAAAACCAACAACAACAACAACAACAGCAACAGCAAGCAACAAAAAGCAAGCAACACAAUAUAAUGAAAAAAAAUAGAAAUAUGCGCGAACACUGACGACGAAUCAACAAAUUGAAAGCUUAAACCAAAACCCACAAAAAAAUAAGCAAAACCAAUUGAAACAAGCCAAAAAAAGAUACAACACGUAAAAAAUCCAAUUCUCAAAGAAAAUGACAACACUCAGCAGACUGUUAAAAAUGUGAUCAGAUAUAUAUCAUAAAAAAGGUAAACUAUAUAUAUAUAUAUUAUUAUUAUUAAUACAUACCUGUAAUAUGUAUUAGCAACGUAACUAAAUCAAUAGAGCAAAGACGAGUGGAAUGUGAGUAGAAUAUUUAAUCGGCAAUCGACAGCAGAGAGCGACUAAAACGACUGCAAACCGUUUUUUUGUCGGGCUCCAUUGUUUCCCAACGCAUUGUAUCAAAAAGAAAAGAGAGAGAGAGAGAAAAAAAACCAGAAAUACGCACGCACGCACGUCGCGAAACUUCAAUUAUUUGUUCUUCAUUGCUUUUUGCGGUGAGCAGUUUUUGAGGCGCCACCAGAUCAAAAACCAAAUGCCAGAACCAUGGCAGACGCGAAGGUCGCAACAUUCGAUACGAAACACUAACCGAAAGUGAAUAAUUUACUUUUUCUUGUUCUUCUUUUUUUACAAAUUUUUGCGAAUAUUCGCUGUUUAAUAUUGAAAUUUUAUAUACAACAUGUUUUUUAUAUAUACCAGUGUCAGCGGGUAAGAACAAACUGAAACUAGACGGAACAAAGAAGAAGAAGAAAAAAAUAAGAUGGAAGCAGAUGAUAGUGAGCAACGUUAGGGGAAGGUGAGACGAUAGGGAAUGUAAGAUUAUCAUAGCAAGCGAAAAUGAUGCAGAACAAGACAUUAUGGCAAAUGGAAGCGUAAGAAAAGGGAAAACUAUUUAUACAAAACCAAAAGCGCAAAGUAUACUGUUAAAGUGUGCGUAACAAAGCUGAUAAACGACCGUGAGAGAAACAGAUAGAUAUACAUAUAGAUAUAUAUACAUAUAUAUUUAUACAGAGUAUAAUUUUACACCACACACACAAACAAUAGAACAAUAGAGUAAAUGGCCAUUGCCAAAAGCCAAACGGACAUCUUUCCGGGGCGGUGCCCAGGUCCCCGGACCGACAUCUGCUCUGGAGAUGGUGCUUUCUUUGGAACCAAAAAAGAUGCAACCAAAAAACCGGAAUUAUUUGAAUUUUACCAGUUCAGUUGAAAUAGUAUCUGUGCGCUUGUCCAGAGAGAUUUAAGCUGGCCAUGUUUUGGCCACUGUUCGUUGCCGGUACGGUACCUUAAAGGAGCUUCAAACCAUGUGUUCAAACCGUUUCCGGAGAACUCCGGUGGUGACGGUGUUGUGAGUGGGUCUUCAGGCAACGAGCAGAAACAAACUAGCCCGGACACAGUGCACAGUAAACACAGGGAUAUCUUCUUAUGAUUUUUGAAAUGAUAACAAAAAACAAAACCAUGUGAGCAUAACCGCAUUACCGUGCGGUUAGGAAACAAAUGUUUGUGAUAUUACCGAAACAACACACAAAUCUAGGAUUACUGCUAUUAUGGACAGAGAUGUAAGUCGUUAUCGAUGUAAGACACACAAUCCAAGUACCAUGAACAUUUCGUUUCGUAAAACUGCGUAUUUCGCUCAGUAGAACGCGCGCAUCCGUUUACCGGCACGGGACCGAAUUUCGGCAACCGGUCGGCAAUAUUGGAACGCGGCUGUAUAUGGCGUACGCAUCGUAAGAUGGAAUCACGUUUUUUCAUCGCAACAACUUUAUUGGUUACAGUUUUCAACUACAACGUUUGCCUUAUUUUAGAAAGUUAUAGGUAAAAAAAAACAAACAAAAGCAGUGAAUCGUACUGCGGGUGCGAACAAUCGCAGUACCUACUACUGACGCACAAAACAUAACAUACAAUUUCGUUUACGGCAAUUUCGGGACAUUUGACAUCUACCGACCGUAAACGAUUUGCUUAUCAGGCGGUACUCGAGCCAUGUCCAAUCCCUCACACAAACUCCAUUCAGCUGAAAGUGGAUGGAAAAUGGCUACGGAAGUAACCGCAACACCGAACAACAUUAGUUGGGCGGAAUGUUACACCAUCCUUCAUUCCGCAAUUGGUGAUGAGUUAAGCAACAAAACAGCAUCGAUCGAUUUGUGCCUUUUUCCACCAGACGGGAACUGGCUAGGUCGUGCAUGGUAGCCUUCUUGUCUCUGCAGCAGCAAAACGUGACCAAGCACGUGUAGCGUUUGAAUAUCCUAUUCGCUUGUACGUAUCAGAGAGAUCAGCGCACGGACAUUCUGACAAAGGGUCGUGAGCACUCGGUGCGUAGCAAAAAAAAACAUCACAAAACGUACCCGAAGAUGUACCGAUUUUGGACGUGACCACAUAUAUGUUAGGUGAAAGUCAUCACAACAUAGCAAGAGAAACAGAGCAAAAUUGUACGAUAAAAUUUAAUAUUCGGCGAUAUUCCAAAAACACCAGCAACUGUGCUGGGCUCUUCUUCCGUGAAGUGAAUUGCCCCAGGACAGGUCGUGAGAUCAUUGCUAUGAAGUGUGGACAAGUGAGAUUUAUUGGAAAAUAUCUUUAAAAAAUCUCAAGAUCCUUGAAUAUAUUGGUGAUCAAAUCAUUAGGUUGAAUUCUAUUUUAAGGUUUAUCAAAAACUCUUAAAAUACCUUCAAAUAUAUUGGUGAUAUAUUCUGAUACCAAAUUAUUAAGUUCAAUGCUAUUUCUGCAAAGCAAUCUUCAGGCGAUAAAUCCCAAAAUCUUUACGAAAUUUUGAUAAUUAAUUUUGAUACCAAAUAAAUGAAAUUCUUGAAUAUAUUGGUUAAAAAUUCUGAUGCCAAUUUGUUAACUUCAAUUCUAGUCCUUCAAAAGAGUCGUCAUUUGAUAAAGAUUUUUAGAUAUCCAAAAAACCUUAAAAUAUAUUGGUGAUCAAUUCUGAUUCCAAAUCAUUGAAUCUUUAAAAAAAGAGCAAAAUCCCUAAGCGAAUUCGUCAUUCGACAAAAUUUUCAAUAACUCUCUAAAUCCUCGAAUAUAUUGGAAUUAAAUCAUUAAACGAAUUCGUCAUUCGACAAACUUUUCAAUAUGUCUCUAAAUCCUCGAAUAUAUUAAUGACUACUUCUGAUGAUUUUCAAAUCUAUUUACAAAUCUAAAUCCAGAGAUAUAUUGGUGACUCAUUUCAAUGCAAAAUUUAAAAUUGAAUCUUAAUAAGGAAAAAAAGAAAAGUAAAAUUCUAAAACAUAAUAGUAUACAAAUUUGUCAUACAUCCACUAACGCCUAGCAAUGAUCCACAACGAAGCGAACAAAAUCAUACGUUUAGUUUCGAACCAUAUCUUGUUCUUCCGGAACUACAACAAACUCAGUUUAGGCAAACUUUACGAGAGCGUUUUCAUGUUGCUUUAUAUCCCCUUUUCCGUUUUCCAGUUAGUUCGCAAAUGCACCAAAAAAAAAACAUGCAUAUACGCAUCACAUCAGAAUUCAACAGGAUACAAAAGUGCAGGGACCGCACCGGUACCCGCGUACCCGGUGCCGUGUAGCUACAUUGAAAACCGAAUGAAUCAAUAAUAAUUUCAACAAUAGUGCCAGACAACUUUACCAAUGUAACAAUUUUCAACAAACAACAUAAUACAAUCUUAUUUUUGAUCGCAAUAAGUAUUUUUACCGAAGAAACCGUAAAUGGGCGAGGGAGCGACUGUUUACAAUAGUGUUAGUAAAAAAAGAAGAAUAAGAGGAAGGCAAGAGUGCGUUGUGCGUAACCGGAGCGUAUGCCAAAAGCAGUGAAAGCCAAUCAAAGUACAUUAGUAGUAGCACUGCUAACAUUGGUAAACAAUUGGCCAUCCACAAGCCACAUCAAGUACAUCAAGUUGGGAAACAAGGUUUUUUUUUGUCCACAUCUUUGCAAAGCAUCAGCUUUCGGUAGCGAAAUGGUGAUGUGCCACGAAGAGGAAGCAGAAAAAAAACACACACACACAAGAACUACGUAUGAUAAAAAAGGGCUACUGUCAUUUACAACAAAAACCCACAAUGUAAGCCAAGGGAAAACAAAGGGAAACCCGGUGGGAGAAAAUGAGCAUGAAAUUGUAUUCCUUCAAUCUGUAUAGCCAUAGCCAUGUAAGGUCUGAACUUUAAAGUAAUUUCCAAGCUGCUGUCAGCAGUACCAAUUGUACCAUAGUUGUAUAUAUACUACGUGAAAGCAGGAGCAAAAGAAAAAAGCAGACACACACAGACACAAUACAUCAUUUGUGUGAUCAUCGCACCGAUCAAACCAACAAUAAUAAAAAAAACCGAAGCCGAGUGAGAGAGUUUCAUGAAAUCGAUGAAGCGUGUUCUACGAUCGUAGCGCCCGGUCGCCAUCACAGCAGCAAACAUCGUCAUAUGAAUUGUAUGUGAAAAUAGGCCACUAACUACUGCAAUAGUAGAGACCCCCUUGCGCAUCUGUUCCCGGUUCCGUCUCCGUCAAUAUUCACACACACAUGCAUGCAAAUGCAAACGCAAAGCAAGAUUUACAAAACAAAUGGGUAAAAUAGGGAUGAUUUUGUACAACAACAGCAAACAACAGGCUUUCGUUUACUACUAUUUCAUUCCGCAUGAACAAUAAGCAGUAUCGACUACUGCGCAGCCGACAGAAUGUACAGAAACACGCGAAACACGUGUUUUAGGGGUGGAAGUUGUAAAAGCGUAACGCUCUUUUACGGUGGGAGCGAGAAGGAAGAGAGGAGAGUACCCAAAACGUUACGACACACGAACAAAAUGGCAGAAGCGAACCACUAAUAUGCGUAUGAUCAUCGUUGUAGCUGUGAAAAUGAACAUACCGAUCUUCGAUCACGCUGAAGUCAUUAAAGAAUUUAAAAAUAAAAACAAAUGAUAAACAACCGAACUAAGACGACGAAACCAAACCAGAACUUACAUCGGUGCGCUAGCAAAUGGCUGGCAGCCAUUUUCUAAGCGAAACCCCCUGAAAGCUCUCCAAGAGAGCAAACGUUAAACUCACCAAAAAGCAAUAGCUCACAGAACCGACGCGUGGUGUCGAUGUGUGUGAACCAGAAAUGGAGGUCGUACCACGACAGUGUAUAGAACUAGUGCUCCCCCAAAAACAAAAAGCUAACAAACUUCCUUGAUUCUUGUAAUCCUACACUAUUCCUUUUUCCGUUGUAUUUGUCCGUACCGUACGAGCAGCGAUCGAGCCUUGUUAGGGUGUGAUGUUUCUGUCGGCUACCAAGUCGUAACUACAAACGCACAACAAUUGGAGGCAAUUCGCAGUCGCUGUAUCUACCGGUAUAUGCAGACAACGUACAUAUGGUUGUACAAAACAAACAAAGAAGACGAAGAAGAAGUCAAAAGCACACACACACACGCGCUCGCACGUGCUUGGAUGCGCUUAAACAUUAAAGAGAAUAAACCCCGAACAACGGAACUAGUUGUAUGAGGCUAUCGAAUGGUUGUAGGCUAUUCUUGCAAAAACUUCAAUAUUUAUAUAUAGUACACAAAAGCAAAACAACAAAUGCAAAGAACACCACUUCUAGUGGUGUACGUAGUGGUAGACGAGCAUCGGGACGAAGAACGUGAUUUGAAAUGGGCACCUCGAACUACAUCAAUCUCUAAAAAGGGAAAGGGUAUCAGAUCCGUCGACGUUUCGUUUGCUCGCGUACGAAAUAUGCCACUAGAGGUGGAAACGGAAAACUACAAAUAAAUGGGAAGCAGCUAUGAUGCCAGUGCAACAACAACAGAAAAGAAAAAAAAAACAGCAAACAGCAACUGCUAGUGCUGGCUGCUGGUUAACGCAAUGAACACACACUAUCUGAAUGAUGGAAAGCAAAACAAUCGUGUUUCCAAAUGCCGGACAUGAAGGAAGGUGUCAGACGACAGCCCGCAACCGGUGCAACGGCUGUCCGAGAGAGAGAGAGAGAGAGAGCUCUCUCUCCGAGAGAGAAAAAGGACGAGAAAGCGAAAGAGAGAGAAAAUAAAGUUAGUGCAAAGGAUCAUGGAAAUGAUCAUACUAUCAAAACAAAUACACAAUACACACCCACAAACAUACACUCAUACACCCAAAAAAACACAAGCAAUACAAUACAGAAAUAGCUUCUCAAUCACCAUCAUCAGCUCGUAUCGAACAUGGUACCACUAACAAGCCUAGCAGCAAGGACAGAAGUCGAACAACUGAGUCGCGGAACAAGGGCAAACACGAGAACGAACUAACUGCAAAGGGACAGUAAUGAAUCGUAACGACGGAUGAUUUCAUUUUCAACCAUCCAAAAAACCUUAAUUUAGAAACUUUCGAACCAGCGAAAGGGCUUUACCGCGGGCGGACAAUUUUUUUUUUGUCCGGGAUGCCUUUAUACAACAAUCCUAAUGUGCGCGAUAGAAGCGAUUAUUAAAGUAAAACGAAACAAACGGUCCUUUACGUCCCGUAUUCGGGGACGGCGGCGCUUAUACCAGUUAAUAUGUAACGGGAUUAAGGGGGGGUAGGUGAGAAGGAAAACACCCCCGAAGGGCGUGUUUCAUGGCGAUCAUGUGUUUACAUACUUUCUCUAAUACCACAUUGCACCAAUAAUGCUGUAAGAUGCGAUAAUUUUGUUCGUCUUUUUAUUUUCGUGAACAAAGUUCGGAUCGCGUUUUUACGUUCUACUUUUUCGUAUAACAUUUCGUGAAAUCUAAAAUCUACCUCAUAUUAAGAUAUAUUUUUAAGCGAAAGCGGCGAUACAAUGCCGACGAAAACGAUGUUGUAGCGAGUGAAACACAAGUGAACCGCUCUCCAUAAGCUCUAAAGCGAUAAACACGUGACGGCGUGCGUCACGCGCCCCAAAAACACGGAGGAAAGUAUGUAAAGAAAUUAUAUGGAAAACAAAUAUUUUUAAAAAUCGAUUAGGAUGAAACGUGAAACUACGCGAGCAAGAGAGAGAUAGAGAAAGAGAGAAAGACAGAAGAAAAAAAAACACAAGUCAACCAAAAUUCCAAACAUCGACGCUGGAAGCAACAUUUUGAGAACGUAUAUAACAAGCAAAAGAAAUAAAUCAAACGCCAUUUCGAACGUCUGAAUAGUUUACGGGACUAAAUUAAUGCAACAUACUUGGGGCCUGAACGGUGCCAUCUUUGUGACAGUGCGUUCGAAAUUUCAAUGCGAAAGAGAUUAGCAUUUCCUUCUGCAGCACGCGAUAGCAUACUUUAAAACACGUUUAGGCUUCGUUAUUACAACAUAAAAAUCCUCACGAAUUACAGUAAAAAUAAUCGAAAUCGGAAAUAAUUUUUUACGAAUCCUUCUCUAUAAUCUUUUUCGAACGGAGACGUUUAAAAAAAUGUUUAACUAUGAAUUAAAAUCUUUCAAUUAAUAACAAUUGGAAAGUCCAUUAGAAAAUCAUUGGAUUCAGCUGAGUUCGAAUUAGGAGUAGAUGAUUAGAAAUUUGACAAAACUUUCAGCAAAAUUAAACGAUCAAAAGAGCGUGUUGUGAAAGCUACUCGACAUCAAUGCGCACGGAAGCAGUUACUACAAGAGGAAUCAAGUGUUUUAUUUUUUAUGUUUGAACACCACUCCUGAAACAAGAACCAAAAAACAAAAUUCGUUAAAACAGUGCAUUUCAACGCGAAUCGGUAAAAUAUGAUUUCAACUGAAGUAAUGGUGAACAUCAGCACGGGCAACAUCAAUGAGACAAUGAGUGAAUCAAUAAAACAAAGAUGAAAAAGAGAAAGAAGAAGAAAGAGAAAGAAAACAAACCGCAAGUAAAUAAAAAUAAAACCACAACAAUAUAGUGAACAAUCUAAUAUACGUACAAAAAGUAACGUAAUAACAGCAAUUGAGCAACUCUAGCGAAAAUCGGUAUUUUCAACAUGGGUUGUUUGGUUUAAUAUUUAGUUGGACGGCAGCUGGGGAACCGAACAACUCUUCCCAAACAGUGGUCUGUCACAGUUCGUCUUGUUUUUCUACCAAACCAUAUUCACAAACAAAGAACCAAAGCAACUACAGCGAAUGUGCGAUCCAAAAUCGCUACACUUUAGGCCAUCUUUUGGAAAUAAAACCAUUCUUACAGAUAAAUAUUAAUCUCUAUUAUAACUAUAUCUAUGAACCUUUACCGGGCAUUUGAAAUAAACGGCGCAGCCGUUUUGUAUUGAUCGUUAUGUUCGUGGAAGAUUCGUUUAGUUUGAAGUUUAGAUAAACUUUCGUUUAUUACACACAAAUACACACAAUAAAUAAACAAUUUGACAGCAGCAACAAAACGAAAAGAAUCAGGCAAGCAGGGCAAGAACAAAAAAAACAAAACAAAACAAAUCAGUUCAUAACACCAUGCGAUUCUACGGUAACUGGUAAUUAAUUCGCAACAACAAUGAAAGAAACAAAACAACCAAUAGCAAUGGCAGCGAAACAACAAGAAAACAAUGAACCAAAUCUGUGGUGAGGUGCUUACAAGAGAGAGAAAGAGAGGGGAAAAAACAACAAGCUUACCCUUAGGUGACAACAACAUCAGAAUAACAAAACAACAACCAACAAGAUGAAACAAAAUUAACGAAAAGAAAGGAAAAAUAAGCUAUACUGAAGCGGUUCAAAAUUAUACUCAAAAUUCAUACAAAAUGUCAAAAUUUCAGGGCAGACGAAAAGUUGGAAAGCAUUGAUUAUUGUUGAUUUUGCUCAAAACAAAAUUUGUAAACCAAAAAAUGUAAUGCAAAAAUGUGAAAGCAAAAUUGCAGAAACGAUAGCCAACGACGAAGCUGACAAAACAAUCUCGCACGCUCCAGAUAGAUGCAAUGGAAAUGGAAAGGUUUCUCCCUUGAGCAGAUGAAGCUUUGCUCGGACAAAACAUUAAUUUGCUAAAUUAAUAUUAUUUAAUAUAAAACUAUCUAAACGGUUGCAAAAUGCUCAUAAAAGUAAUGCAAAUAUUUAACUUUUCGAAGAAUUAAUAGACAUUGGAACAAUGGAGCAUCGGUUUAUUUCCUAAAGUAAACCAGUAAGUUCUUCAAAAUAAAUAUAACUCACGUAUUGGUUGUAACCAGUUCAAUAGUUAUUCACUUCGAAGCAUACCCGAAAAUAAAUAUAAAAUUCCAAAUAGUGUUUUUUAUAUAUCGACGAACUAAAGUACAACCACGUUUUAAAAACUAUAAAAACCAUCGAAAACAUCACGCAUCUAUCUGGGAGCAUGCCGUGGACCAAGCGUAGGUACAGAAGGGGCUAAACUUUCGUUUCAAAAACUUCCCGGUCUCUUGUUUAGGAGUAUUCUAGGACAAUGUUAAAAAACAAAACAAAAAAGCCACAAAACAAACAAAAAUUUAUUGCAGCAAAACAAUGAUAACAAUAGAAAACCAAACGACACGACGCUGAACAGACGACAGCACUAGCAGCGUAGAUGGACGAUGAAAAAAAGCGGCAGCAGAAGUAGAAAGAACGAUGGAAGGCAAGGAAAAUACGUUCUCGGCAAUGUUUUUUGGGAUUUCCGGUCUAAAUAAAGAUAUUAGAAGAAGCAGAAGAAGGGGGAAAAAUAUCACGAAAAAAAGUACAAGCUUAUUUGAAGCACCUUCGCGCCUUAUCUUUAAAGAAAAAAAUUAAAACACACACACUCACACACAAAAUAAAAUGUGAAACAAAUCUUAAGAAAUGUAAGAUAAGAAAACAAUUUUAAGAAACAAAAACAAAAAACGUCAAGCAAAAAACCAGGCAGAUGGGUGGUAGAGGCGAACUAAAUUAAAACCAAAAAACACGGUAACGAACGGAAGAGUAAAUGAUAGCAUGAACUGUGCGUGUGUCAGAAAUAAGAAUGAAAAAAAAACAACCAAAACAAAACGAAAAAAAACGAAAGCAUACGACAAGCAUGCAAAACUCAGUAACUUUUGGGCAAAACAGUCAAGGACGAGCGCAUACGCGGAAACCUGCGCGUAUUGAAGAAGAAGAGGGAGGAAAAAAACAUUGUGUGUAAUUUUACCAAAAUCUGCCUUAACUUAUAUUUUCUUAUAUACAAAAACAAAAAAAAACGGAAACUAAAUGGAAACAAAGCAAAAAUUAAAAUGUGAAAUAUUGCGGUUAGUCAGAAACUCAAUAAAAUACAAAAAACUGAAGUUGCGGUGUAAAACGAAACACUAGUAGUGAAAGUGAAGGUUUUUGGUCGUACAAGGUUCGGGGAAAAACAAUCGAAGAAGAAGUGAUUGAAAUUCUAUAUUAAGCGAAGCACUAAAAUGGGAAACAAAUUCAGGUCUCAAACGUGAGUAAGAUUCGUAUUUUGAUUACCUUAAUGGAAGACAAAACAAAAACAAAAACAAAAAAGCAACAAAGCAACAUUAAACAUACACGUGCUACAUUGGUUUGUACAAAUAAAGCUACGAAACAAACAAGACAAGAAAAGGUAGACAACCACACGUCAAAAUAGAUCGCAAAGCACACCACUGCAAAAACGGUGAGCUAAAAUGUUUUAACAACAACAAAUGUAACACAUCCAUCGCGUAACAUGCGAACUGGUAACAAGCACAAGCAAUCGGUGUUACUUUCGUUCUUUCUUCAAACAAUAAAACCAGCAAAAAAAAAAACACUAAGUAAACUAGAAAGCAAACGUGAUGAGUUCUUGUUUGGAAAAUUUUACACAGAAUUUCUAUCAAAGUUUGGCUCGGUAUAAACAAACAAAACUAAAGUGCACAAAGUAAGGAAGAUAACAAAAUAAUUUCGUUAGUGAAAAUGCAAUAGCCGUAGUUACGAGCUGUACAAGCAUAAGCAACUGUUAGUUUCGGGCUUCGGGUCCUUCUCUUUCCCGCUGCACACGGUCACGUUGCAGUGCGAGAGUUGAUUAUUCCAUCAACGGAAGCUAUCAAAUUUCAUGUUAAGUAAAAUGAGAAAUUAUUGAGAAAGUAAAGCGCAUCGAAUUGACGCGCACCGGCAGAGUUCGAACUUACGCGCAGUACGCGUACAGUAGGAACGGAACCUAGCCAACAAACAAACACAUAUGUACACUUGAGUGAACAAACUCACAUUAAAGAAUGGGUGCAGUUAUCAAAUGAGUCCAUGCUUAAUGUAAAAAGUCAAAACAUGCACACAUUAAUGAAGAAGCCUGAAGAGGACGGUCACCCUUCUAUCUGGCACCCGAUAUCCACCGGAGUGAACAAAAAGGAAUCUGGAAGGUUUUGUUUUUCCCCGUCUCACACUACGCCCGGCCCUGGAUAGGUGGCUGGGGGCGUGUAGAUUUAUUUACAAGGACGUUCAGCAAAAGAGCUUCUCCUGCCCAAUUUUUAAACACAUUUUCCAACGCAAACCAAUGUGUGCAGAAAGCUUAUUUCCUUCGUGCUCGCAAGCUAAAGUUCGCAAAUAGGGAAAGUAUGCGAACAGAGAGAAAGAGAGGCAAGCGAAUGUACGUUUUAAUUUUCCAUACAUCGUGGGAUGUGUAGCAUAAUGUGUAAAGUUAUUGGAAAGAAGCAAAAAAAAAACCAAGCAUAAAAAAGCUAAACACUCACGCGUGCCCAAAUCACAAGUAAGUUUUCGGCGAAACAGCUUUCGAAGCAAAAGUGCGAAAAACAACAGGGAAAACUGUGCUGCAUAAAAACGCACAUUGAAAGCCACAAUACGCAGAGCAGCAUAGAAGAAGUUAAAACGGUAGAAAGCAAACACAAAAAAUCAUAUGACUAUUAACAAAACAUGAAAAAGGAUGAAAGAGCGAUGGAGAAAGAGAGCGCUGAAAACAGAAACCAAACACGUGUAAGAGAGGUACGAAUUGAAAGAGAAGAACAAACCAUUGUAAUUUUAUUCCUUAAUAAUGAAAAAGUAAAUCCCAAAGUAAGAUAAAUCAAAUACUAGUAAUUAGCAGAAGCAAAGUAAAGCAGUAAAGAGAAAUGGAAGGAAAAAACCACAUUACCAAAACCAGCAGUAAGAAAAACAAAAUAUUAAACCUAAACAGUCAUGGUAGCGGUUAUUUCUAAAACUAUUUAAAACUUUAGGCCAACGUUAGUGAGCAACAAGCAGCACCAAAGAAAAGGGCAAACGAACAAAACAAAACAAAAAGAAAGAAAAAAAAAACAUGGAGAUCAAACAAAACUGAGCUGAACAAAAGGACAAAAUCUUCAAACCAACCCCACAAAAACAAACCGGAAAAAAUACCAUUUGCAACCAAGGAAUUGUUGGUAUUGCAAUUAUCACCAAAAACUGAGCAUAUCGCUCACGUUGUAUCGAUUUUAGUUAACGAUUUCCGGCAAAAACCGUGCCUACGGCCUGUAUCGCCUAAACUCCCCAAAAAAAAAAAAGGAAGUCAAGGGCGGUACAGGUUGGCGGCUAGUACAGAGAAAGAGAGGAAGAGAAAGAGAGCGUUGAUAUAUAGUUUUCCUGUUUUGUAGACUUUCGUUCGGAGAAACUGGUUUUCGGUUAGUUAUUGCAUGUACCCACAACAAGGAACUACAACAACUACUACUACUACUACCACACACAGGCAGCCGUGGGUCACCCGGCAGCAGGAACAUACCAGGCCAAACAUCAGCAUGGCGUCAAAAGCAAUAUACAUAAGGGGGGCGCCCCUUCAUUCCCUUUCUGCUGCCGGUGACCCCUUCAAACAAGAGAAAUAAUAUUUGAGAUUUAUGAUUUACAGGAUACUUAACUACAAUCACGCAUUCAUCAAUGCACACAAACACACACACACACAUACACUUACAUUCCAUAAACAUAGCAAUACAAAGGGGGAGUCAGUUUUUUUCUUGAGUCACGCAAGUGCUCGAAUAUCCUGGGGACACGCGCAUUAUUGAGCUGAUCGUUAAGCCGACUCUCGCAAUGGCGUUUGAGUGUGUCGGAAGGAAUGGAAUAAACUGUCCAGCCUCUGUUUGUACUUAGUUAGUAACAAUCCUCAGUUUUGUACACCAUUAGUACGGUAGGAGCCUUUUUCGUUUCGACUUGCGAACUCAAGCGAACUCAUAUUUGAAAAAAACGUUAUACAAAUGUCCACACGCACAAUCGAUUGUGAAUCUUCCACUGCAAAUGCUCCUGAUUCGAUGGCUCUGCACUUUUUUUUUACUUUUAUUGAAUAAACCCCUCCAUAACUGAAAAGGGGGAUCGGAGCUGUAAACGUUUUAAAAUUAAUACAUAAAGUAUGGAACAAAAUUUUAAAAUUGGAAAAAUUGAUUUUCAUGCACUUCCACUACAGGAUGGUACGGUGCAUGGUAAACAAACGUUUUUGGGACCGACGGUUAGGAUGUUUCUUGUUUAGCCAUCUCGUUUGGUUCCGGUAUUCCAAUGUAAUGGUACUUGUAUAUUGGUAGCCAGUUGUGAAUCUUCAUCCACAAAAUUGUAUCACACUGUGUGCGAAAGGAAUUUGCCAUCAGCGUGUAGAAGUGUUUCGACAUGGAAAAAAAUUGACUUUAGUACGCAAGACCAAGUGAUGACUUGGUGAAAAUUUGCAAUUCCCAAGAACUAAAUUUCAUUUUGUGUUUUUUAGAAAGUUACAACGGAAAACUCGCAUUGUUGUCGACUAUUUUCGGAUGGCAAGUUAUCUGGAAAAGGCGUUACAAAACAAUGUCGACAACACGCAGUGUGAUACCUGCUGUAAUCAAGCGGAAUUCAUAAUCGUUCUGGACGCACAUUUUCAAUAUGAAUGCAACAUAAUAUAUCACAAAUUUAAAUACACUCACAUACACACACAAACACACACAAAUACACCCUACACCAGGAAGGAAAAGCACAUCACAAAAAACAGUGGAUUAAGUUGUGAUCGUCGGGCGAGUAGCCGAGCAUUCUCAAAACUGAAAUAGCCACGUUUUUUAAUCUCUGACAUAAUCCAAAACCGUUCUUACAAUAGCAAAUGAAGGCAAUUCAAAACCGAAAUAAAAAUGGAACAUUUAGAUAUUUGAGUUUCUUUUUUGCAGUCUGCUGACGCCAUCGCGUGCCAUUUACGUACGGGUGAUGAUGGGUUCCGAAACCCCCAAAAUGGAAACGCUCGCUAUCCAAUGCAAGCGAACAACACCCGAAGAAAAACAAAUGGCAAAGCAAACGUCAAACAGAAAAUUACAUCCUUCUGGCGUAAAAAAAAACAUAGAACAUCUUUUGGCGAUACUAACGACGGUACGUUAUGGCUGCAAACAUCUACCAAAGACAAAACGAGCGCGCUAAGAUACUUUACCACCAUUUGGUCAAAACAAUUUGGCAAUGACAAUGAAAGAGGAAGCAAAUUAGAAAAAAAGACACACACACACUUUAAACAACAUACUAACAUUAGGACAUUAGGAAACGAAAGGAGAAGAAAAACAAUAACAAAACUACCAAUAGACACACACGUAACUUGCACAACCAUUUGGCAAAGGAACAAACGACCGACCGAAAACGAAACAGCUAAAGAAAAACAAAACACACGAGACCAACAUGAAAAUUUGCUAGCGCGCCCAAAGAAAACAAAACAGCAACAAAACAACACAUUUCAAACCGGCAAUUCAAAAAACUAACACAAAAAAGGUAACACUUGGGCCACCACGUCCGAUCUAAAGUGCCUUCAAAAAGAAUAAUAAAGUAAUAAUGUUGAUUUUUACAAAAAAAAAUGGAAAAAAGAUAACUAAUUAAUAAGUUUUAUAUACGAAAAAAGAGAGUAAAAAAUGAGUAAAAAAAAACUGCGACAAAGAUGGAGCAAAUGAAAUACGACGAAAAGCGGAAAAGGAAGAAGAAUAAACGGGCCCUUUAAUAGACUUCUCGCCCCACCAAAGUGCUCGGCUACUCGGGCGCGAUCUUGUGUAAUUUUUUUUCUGUUCAAUUGUACCGCCACAAGAAGUAUAAUGGAAAUAUAACAACAGCAACAAACAAGAGAAUAACAACAAAAACAACCACCAACCACCACAGUACAGAGUAUACUGUUGCAAGCAGAACAAGCGACAGUUACAACAACAAAAACAGCAAAGCCAAUACAACAGAUGCAAUAGAACAACAGGAUCACUUUUUUUGUUUCGAACAAACCUCAACAAAGCACAACCACAAAUGCAGCAAACAGAAGCAGAAGAUAACAGUUAUUUGGAAAGCUCAAAAACAUGUUUAGAAACGAUAGGAAGGAUAGGGCGACGAACCCAUGGUGAUGUCACCUUUUUUUCGUGUAUGAGUAAGUAGCGCAAAACAAGCAAAAAUAAUCAUUAAAUACAAAAAUGACAAAAAAAAAGAUAACUACAGAAACCACAGGCUAAGGAUAGUGAAGGGAGGAGGAGCAUGGGUAGGAAGGAAGGAGGACUAAAUUUAAGUUUAAUAAUAUAUAAUUCAGAACAUGAAUGAUGAUAUAACAAAACAAUGCAAAAAAGCAGCAAAGCUAAACAUUAAAAACCUACACUGUUACGAAGCUGGAAAAGCUAAUGAAGCAGCAAAUGAAGCAGAAAACUUGGAGAGAAAAUUUACCAAAAAAAAAACAUGAAAACAAUUAAUACACUUAUAAAAGGUAUGAUAACUACCACGAGAAGAUUAGUCUAUCUAAAACAAACAAACCCAAUAUCAAACCAACCAAACGAUAACACAACACACAUGCAUAUGGAACAGUUGUCGUCAAUGUAACGAUUUUGUGGAAAGCAAUGAAAACUGAAACCGAAAACCAGAACAUGAACUCAUGUGAACGCUCACGGUUCCAGAUUUUGUUCUGGAUGAGGAGGAGAUAAAAGGAAAGAGAGAGAGAGAGAGCAAGAUUAAGAAAGAAAGAGAAAAAAUUAAACAAAACACACUAGUACGUAGUAAAACUGAGGCAAGAAACACUGAGCAUAAAAGCAUACAUCUAACGCAUCAAUUCAAGAUGGCCAUACUCUAUGACAAAAAAGGGGGGAAACAAGAUAAAACAAAUAUAAUUCCCAUUAACAUGCAGCAAAACAAACAUACAAAACAAACAAACAAUACAACCGUAAUGAAAUGUAUUAUGAAGAGCAAAACUGAAGAAGAGAAAUGGGAAUGAAGAAGAAACAAAAAUCUACCAAAUUAUCGUUUUAAGUUUUCACCGAUGUUUGUGUUGCUAAUGGUUCGGGAAUGAUGUCUAGUUCCAAUUUAUUUCAACACCAGCAGCGUUUACACUGUGCCCGCUGGAGGUUGUUGUGUAACAUUAGGUGACCACUACUGUCAUAAUUUUCGGUUUUUUUUUAAAUAUGGCAAACUUUCGCGCACAACAGUUUGAAGCGAAACAAUAAUUUAACAAAUAUGAAAAAAGCAAGCAAACAGAAGUAUAAGAAUACAAACACUAAACACAAUACAAAGCUCUCACACACAUAUUCUUUAACAUUAAGCAAAACCCCCAUUGCAGAAUUGAAGAAGCAAAUGCAUUACUAAUAAACAAGUAACAGAACACAACAAACAAAAAAACAAUUAAGCAGAGGCAUCCAUCCUAGCAGAAGAAAAUUUCCAAAAACUUAUCACUAAACGAACAUAACGAAGAAAGAAGAAAACAAAUCAUAUAUAAGCAAAAGAGUGUCAAAGGCGACUACUACUACACACAAACGAACACACAUACAUACAAUUACAUACACAGCAGUGGCUAAGAUUGGAUAAGAUAAGCAACAAAAAAACCAAUUCCUACCAUGUUCCACUAAAAGAAAUGCUGCUUACUUGGGUAUUGUCGCUGAUGUUUCCAUACAAUGAUACAACACUUAAUGAUCGUACGGGCGGGAUCACACGCGUUUAUUGCUUAGAGUGCAGCGCGAUACUACUGAUGUUCAUUAAUGCAUGAUUUGACUGUAUUUUUCCAAAUAUCUACUAAACUACGACAAGACAUCGGCAAUGAGAAAAAGAGAGACAGAGAAAUAACAAUCUCUUCCUUUUUUUUGAGGUGCGACAGAACUACUUUAGUUACGAAACUUUGCUAAAGAAAUGCAACAAGUUACCACAGUAUACUAAGCUAUGGGUUUUGCUAGGACGAAACACGAACCCAACAGCGCAUUAAUUUCCCCUUUUCGAGUUAAAGAAGGUAUGUUUAUGCACAUAUUUGUAUCCUUCCUUCCGACUGACUGUGCAAGGCUAACAACGUGAUUUCUGCUUGAAGCGAACGUCCGCUGUCGUUCGUGUUACCAUACGAACGUACGAACUAAGAUAAGCAGCGCCAUCUGUCGGUAUAUCCGAUACGACACGCCAAGCAAGACAAGUGUUUGUAGAACCUUACAACAGCAGUGCGCGUAGUAUUUUUAUCGCAAAUAUCGGAAGGAAAGUAAAAAUAAAACAUCAUCCGCUGCAUGACGGACUGUUCUUUUUUGUUCCCUUUAAAUUUCUUUUUUUAUUUAUAGUUUUUUUUCUCAAUUUGUCGCAGUACGCUAAGAAAUAUAUUACAAUGCAAGCACUCAAAAGCAAAAACCAAAAACAGAAGAUAGCAGCCAACCUACAUAAACUUAACGAAGCAUGGAAUGAAAUGGGAAUGUGGAAAGGAAAGUAAAGAAUAAGAUGAAGAAAAAAACACAAUUUAACUAUAAAACAGAUAAACCCUAAUACAGCACCAGUGCAGAUGAAGCUAGAAGUAUGAAACAAGUGGAAACAAAAUGCAUAACAAAAAAAGAACCCCCGUUCCAUCAACCGAUCCAGUGAGCUUCGAGGCGAGCGGUCAGGUCUGGGCCGGAUUGGAUCAUCAACUAUUUUUUCUAGUAGAUUUAAGUGAUUGUAACGAACUGUUUAAUGGGAUGGGAAGGGCUGCUUUUGGAGGGGGUGGUUGGAUUUGCCGAUCGCACCCAACGGUGCAGCCACAGUUAUUUUAUGAGGUGUGUUCUACGGUUCCUACCGUUUCUCGAAAGGCGUCGUUUCGUAAGGAGUAGUUAGACCUGUUAAAAAAAACACUCCCGAAUGUCACCCUCUUCGGUGGGGUGACACCCUUUCCAGUUUUCCAAUAAACGGGGUAAAAUUCGGGAUAACCAAAAAAAUAUGUCUAGAUCGUACAUUUGGAUCUGUGAAACGCUAUUCGUUAGCGUGUCAAAUGCAAAAGUCACCAAACAUGUUUGAGCGAAUGUAAAAUUUUUCGAAAUAUACUCUUGCACUUCUCCUGCAAGAAUUUGUCUUGCACUUCGCUUCGGAAGAACGGAUACCCACGGACGAGCACACCGCAUAUAUAUAAAGCUUGGGGAUUGAGCAAAACGGUUGUCGAUGCUAUCUACCUUCGUAAGAAGGGAUGCUGAUCGAUCAACAUCUUGGACUGAUAAUUGAUGAUUCCUACUAUUUGCAACUACUAAAACCACACACUUACAAACAUACACGCACACACAUACAUAAAUCACAACAAACUCACACACACACACACAUACAAGUGGAUCCGUCCGCCCAGCGGCCAAACCGCUGCGCCGUUCUCGGUCUGCGGUCGGUAUGGAGGGGUAUAAACUUAUUUUUUGUAAUCUAAUUUUAAUCACACAAACACACCACAAGCAUAUUGUAUUUAUUCUCUAUUUAAAUGCAGCAAACAAGCAAAACAAACAAAAAAAACAUAAUGAAUGAAUGAAAAAAAAAGAAUUAAAUAAACACAAACUCACAGUAAAUAGUAUCGAAAUAAUCAGAAGUAUUCAAAAAUUAUUUCUCAAGCAAACAAACAAAAAAAAAGGAAACCAACCAGCAGGACAGCAGCAAAUGCAAAUGAUACGCAAACGUAAUUUACCAAUCCAAAAUGACAAAACAAAACCAUAAGACAAACAUGCAAAAUGAAUUUAAAAACAAAAACACUAAUAAACUUACUAACAGCAAUGCAAAAAGCGAAAAAAAGCGAAUGGAAGUACAUACGAAGAUCAUCAGCAGUAACUUGAAAUGAUACUAAUACCAUCAAAUGAACCGAAUCUGGAAUAUCCAUAAUUUUCAAUUGAGGCAGAGCGUUUCUUGGUGGCCAACCGGUGCCCAUAACACUGUGUACGGUUUUUUCCCCCCCGGGAUGGUCUGUUCGAACGGCGAGAUCGGUAUCGACCCAUCGGUUGCCGAUUCGCGAAUCGAAACACUCUCGCGAGAAGCGAAGAAAAUGUAACAAAAAAACCGACAGAGAUCAGUGGCAGCAAGCGCGUGCAAUAGUAUAAUCUUUACCAUUGGUGAGAAGAAGUAAACAAAAAACAAAACAAAACAAAUACUACAUGUCAACUAAUCACAAUCUUUAAUGCCACAAUAACCUUCCCAAACAAACCAACAAAGCAGAAAGCAGAAAGAUGCACAAGAAACAACCCCCAACAGUAAUUAUCAGCACCAGAAAGCGAUUUCGAUUAUAAGACCCUAUUUGAAUGAACUGUGGUUUUACCAGACCAUCCCUUAAUCCCUACCCCGAAAACAAACACCCCUUUUUCAUGCAUCAGUUUUUGUCUUGUUUAUAUUUUUGGUCUGUCAAUUCACACACCUUUUCGGAAGCGUAAACAAAUCCGAACAAAACAAAAACAAGAUCCAAGUUGAUAAAAAAAAGAACAACGUAAACUUUUGGCACAAUUUUCGCGAAUAAACAAUUGGCCCCUAAAAGGAAGAAGAACAAGAAAACAAAAAGCACAAACACAUACACACACACACACAUAACACAAGAGAAGAAACAUACAAAUGGUGCAGAAGAACGCUGUUGCGAAACGAAACGAACGUGAAGGAAAUUGUCUUAUCCCAGUAAGAAUGUGAAAAAAGAGAGGAAUAAAGGGAAGGGGAAGUACAGAGGGGCAGGAAGUGGGUGUAAAAUUCUCACAUCCUCUCCUCUUUCCCCUUUCCACCACCCAGCAAACAAAAGUCAAAUAUCCUAGCUGGAUACUUUCGGUACUUCUUGGGAGAUUUCAUUGGUCCUUUGGUUUUUUUUUUCGCCGAUCCGUAACCAACAUAGUUGAGUUGUCUUUUGUCGAAUGUUUUGUGAGAUUUCUGCCCAGACCGGAAAGGGGGUUUUUCUUUGGGAAGAAGAACAACAACGAACACACAACAACAGCCAUCAUCAGGGAAGGCAAACAACAAUCAUAAAAAGCCCCCCUCUAGUCCCUCAACUUGUGGCUGGGUUGCGUAAAUCCCACAAAAACACAACAAGAUAGCAAACAACACAUUAUACUUUGUAAAAAAAAAAACAUACACAAUAGACCAGAACGAACGCAUCGAAACGUCAUCCACGGCUGGGAUGACGGUUUUGGUUGCGCAUUUCUCAAUAAUUUCUUUAUUUUAUCUCAUUUGACUCUCCAACUCCGAACGAGUUCAACACACACACACAUACAAAAACGUUGCCACAAACAACGAAUCACACUCAAUCAAACUACACAAACGCACCGGUACACAAUCACACAGAAACAACCAAUCCAGCAGCAGCAUCAGCAGCAAUAGCAACAACAAGCAGUUAGAACUGAAUCUAAUGUUGAGUUCCCAAUAAAACGGGAACCCAGCAGCUACCAAAAAAUAAAAAUAAAAUGCAAAACAAAUCCCAUAAGAUGAAACAAUAGUUAAACGUUCCAGGACAGGACAAACCAAUAACCAAACCAAAUCUGUAAAAUAGUGAACUCGAACAGUUUUGAACCAACUUAACCAAGCAAAACAUUGGGCAGGAACGGUCAGAACUGAACGAGUGUGGAGUUAGAUGUACAUACAUUAAACACAACUUUUUGUUUUGUUUUUUCCUCGGAUCUUUUGCGUUCGAUUUACGCGGUUUUCAGUUAACCAUUAACCAACCGGUAAUUCGCAAAUCGAUUACCCCACAAUCAGCACAAUAGCUGAGCCCCCAAACCUUGUAAGGGGCUCGGAAACCGGCAAAUACUUGCCGCCGUCUGCACCGCCAUCUUUCACCCUUUGCUCGUGCUCCCGUAUCCCCACCAUUACGACUUGUACAAUGUUUUACAACAAAUAAAAUCUCGUCCGACAAUUGGCACUAGCAAAAACGAAAGGGGAAUGGGGAACCAAACCCCGCGGGGCCGGGUUGCGGGGUGGAUCGGUGGUUUUUGGAGUGCGGCGGUAAGCAUAAAGAUGUAUUUUAUGUUGAAAUAGGAUAAAGUACCUAACCUAACAAAAUGAGACAAAAGUGCAAGCGAAACCAGAUUAUACACUUCACAGUCCCAAACAGUGGAAGCAGACAAUGGCGAUCAAAACAGACACAGUAAGGCAGCGAGUGGCAAAUGGGGCCGGCAGACAAAAACAAAACGAAGAAGAAAAAAACACGAAAGUUUAAAAGCGAAAGAUUUCACAUAAUGCACACACAGAUACACACACACACACACAAACAGGCAGGAAAGAAAACAGAAACAAACAAUUGAAGCAAAUAGUUUUACCAACAAAAGAAAAGAAAGAAAGAAAGAAAAAGAACAAACAAACACAGAGAACAAAGAGAAAAGAAUUUUUAAACAAACAGUGAGCAACAGUAACUUCCAAGCAAAAACCGAUAAGAUAGUAGUUGCAGCAGUACACAUGGAUCAACACAAGAAAGCCUAACACUGGAAAACAUAUAUUACACAUGAUAGGAGAAGAAGUUAAACAACCAAACAAUUCGGAAGGGCGUAAAAGGGUGCACACAAAAGUGCAAGUGUGCGAAACCAAAACAACAACAACAACAAACAACCGAAACAUUUGUGCCAAAACUUUUCGAUUGCAAAACAGACACACACACAUAAAAACACCCCACUCACACAUACACAGUAAUAAGCGGUAAAACUUAAUUGUACAACCCAACAGCGCUUCAGUGUUGCUGGAUCCGGCUGGUAUGAGCUAAUACCACUAACUACUACUACUACCACUAACUACUACAGCUGUGUCAGCAGAUCAAAUGCGCAAAACAAGUAUAUUUAACAAAACCAACCAAAAAAAAAACGAACAAAACACUUGGUAAUAAUGACACGCUUCACGUGCGAAAUUGCACAACCCUCUCCCAUUUUUAAAUUCCAGGAUUUUUUUUUAUUUCCAUUAGUACCCUUGUAUUUUUCCUGUAAUUUUUGUAUUACACGCGCGCACAAUAAGCGCACUACAAAUAAAAUCACAACCACACCCCACUGGAAAACGUUUCAAGGUUUAAGGACUUUACAGUCACGGAUGCACUUGGCACGAUUAUAUUGACGUAUUGUUUCUUCGCGCGGGUGAAUUGUGGAAACUCGAACCGCACGGACGGAGCAUAAGUAUUUGAUUCUAUGCUUCCUUCACCGUCCACCGAACCGAAGGAAGUGUCCUGCUCGGGCAAGGCGGCGAGAGAUUCCCUCCGCCCGCGUGGGAUUUCAGUUUCAAUUUUCACCAUAAAACAGGCAAUGGCAAGGUAAUCGAACAGGCACAAAAACAAUUGUGAGGCAGUAAACGCCAAAGGGCUUACUACCAUACUACCAUGUGCGUUUAGUGCACGAAGACCGAGGUUUGGUGAAAGAGUGUGCGUACUCUCAAGAAUAUAGAGACACGGAACGCGCACGAACCUGAGCCUGAACCUUGGUCACAUUACGGCACACUGUUCCCACUUUCCAAACGGCUAACUGGACAAAAUUAUCCAAUAUCGCAAAACAAAAGAAAAAAGGGCAUAUUUCAAUUCCCAAAGUUUUUCGAUUGCACAGCUUUACCACAAAACGAUCGGCAUUCCGAUACGGCUCGUGAAGAAACGUAGAGAGAGAGAGAAAAAAGGGGUUUCGGUUCUUUACGCGAACGACAUCUCCUUACAUCAUUACAUCACUAAAGAGAUAGAGAUAAAUACAAACAUGCAGUACGAUCUGGUAAGCGAGAGAGAGAGAAAAAAAAAUCCAUAGUGCGAACUAGGCAAAAGACCUGAACAGGCUGCCAGGUGUGGCACUAAAACAAAACCACAUCGGGACCGAAGGGCAAUAGUUACAUCACUACUAAUCAAUGCAGCAUACGAGCAGCAGCAUCAAGACACACAUACAUGAAAUAGAUGGGUUGAAAGUAAUACACCACCACCAAGCAGAUGCAGCAACAGCAGCAGCAGCAGCAAGCAGCAGAACACCAUCACUGACUGCAGUCUGCUGCAUUCGGCAAUAGAGCAAACAAUAGCAAACGGUUAAUUUUGUGCACCUCCAUAUAAGCGCUGACAAAUGGUGACGUUUCCGGUAGCGUGUGUACAUCCUCACAUGGACACUUUUUGCCACCGGAUGCUAACGCCUUUGUCCAGCGUUUGACCUACCCAAACCAAAGCAAACAAUAGACAGGUUUACAAUAGUACAACGGUUUACCAAACUCGAAACACACACUGUAACGACGACUGUAACAACUGGCACACCAACUCUGGCAGGAGUACGAAACGUAACGUAUUUUUUUUUUCGGGAUCGCGAUACGAAAAACCCCUCGUUUCGGACACAACCACCCCCCUAUUUGAGCAAAAGCUUUCGGGAGAGUCGAACAUUGCGGAACAUACCAUAACACUAGCAAAACAGAAUGGCUCAAUAAUUUUGGAUAUUCCUCAACGCGCAUUCAGUAACUUUGGCGUUGAUCGAGGCGCAAAAGACGAAGAGAGUGCGAGAGUCUAGCAGAACAGAUAACGAUUAAGUGUAAGAUGCACAAACAAUGGAUAGCAGAACUGUUUCGGUCAUAAAGAAGAGCAAAAAAUAUCAUAAAAAAGCGAAAGAAAAACGGAAGAAAUACUUUUCGAAACAAAAACCAACCAUUUCAUACACAAUUUUCACGUAAUCUCGUUCACGCGGCAAAUCAUGUGUUGUGUUUAUCAUUUUUCAUCAUCGUACGCUACUGGUAGACAGGUUAGGCAAGCAAAUUUUAGUUCCAUUUUCAGUUUCAAUGGUUCAGUGAACAGGUGAGCAGGAAGCAUUUAUCGGGCAGAACACCAGAAGCGAUAAAAACAAUACCCUCAUUUGUGAACAUCCUUUAAUGAUCAUUGUGCGUAUAACAGCAACGCUAGAUGUUACACAUAAAAAAAAGAAGAACAACAAAACAAAAGUAGGAAAAAUCUAAAACAUCAAACGGACGGUAACAAACCAUCAUGCAAAACAAAAACAAAAACAAAAAAACAAAACAAAACAAAACGACGUAGCGGUUAUGUUUUUGGAAAUUUUUGGAAAUAUAAAACAAUAAAACAACAGCGCAAAACCAAAUUCACAUCCACCGACGAUAGGCAAACUGGCAAACAAAACAAAAAAGCAACAAAAUAGUCAAAUCAACCGGAAAUACAACAAAAAAAACUGACAAAAAAAUAGAUAAAUGAAAAACAAAUUUUACGUUAAACAUGUUUCGAAACUAAAGUGCGGAAAGUGGUAUUUUGAACUAAAAACAAAAGAACUUUUUAGGGCUGAAAUUUUACUCGGUCUAGUUUGGAAUGUUUAGCAUAUUUUCGGUUGCUUAGUUUGAAAACAAAUAAUGAAAUAAAAAUUAAAUUAAUCUUUUUCGAACUUUAGAUGUUGCUUGCACCGCAUGAAGAUUGACGCUUGAGGAUAGUCGCCUUCGACUACUCGAUAAAGCUCGGUACUCGUGCUGUGUAGGUGAGAUCUAACAAAAAAACAAAAUGGUAGUAAUUUCAACGGGCGAUUUAGACAAUGGGAAUAUUAUCUGGACAAAAUCAAGAUAAGCAAAGGUAAGAACAUGUCAUUGCGCUUACAAAAACAAAAGCAAAACGAAAAACAGAUAUGGAAAAUUAACAUCUUACGAACAAACAAAGCAAAAACGUAAUGAACUAGAGUAAGGAUGCUUCAAAACAACGUAACAACAACAAACGAAUGGUGGCAUGAAUCGUCAGGCUAAAUCCGGUACCAUUAUGCGUGUGAAAUGAACCUCUGUGACCGUCGCGCUGUAAUUAGUACUAUUUAUCUAGGCAUACACAAAAUUUAAUCAUAAUCAAGACUCGAACCACUAAACAAAAAACAACAAACUGCACGAAGAAAUUUACGAGUGCAAAAGACGAAAAAAAAAAACUUAAACCAGCCCAGUUUAAGGCUUACUUUUAGGACGUGGAAAAGUUGCUAAAAAGCAAAAUGGUGAAACAAAAAUUUUACACUUUUAGGCAUUUUUCUAAACUAAGAGCGUGUACAUAAAGGGCACCGAACAAAAGCAAAAACAUGGCGAAAACAAAAUGGGUUUCACGGGGUCUCAAAAUAAUCAGUACCGGACACAAUGCCUGGCACCCACGGUGUUAUUCUCGCGUGGGAAUUCUAGCCAGAACUCGUCAGCACAUCCACUACCAGCUCAGAAAAAACAGAAAGAACAGAAACGAUGCUACGUUUGGAGGUACAAAAAGGGAGAACAAAGUUUUCAUUGCAUUCGACACAGCGAAAGAGAAUGAGAGUGAGAAAACUCUAAAACGAAAAAAAUAACAAAAAUACCCCAAAAAACCGGUACAGCCAUCAAAAAACAAACCAGAAAUGGUCCUAAUGGCGAAACGGUAAUACCGCGGAACACGAACACACAAACACACAUUGACAAAACGGAUUUCAUGACCUUUUCGUGAUGUAAUCAUCUGAACCAUCGGAAAUCGUGCAGCCAAUGUGGCAUAUGGCUGCGCAAACCAAAAUGUAUUUACCGAUUAAAUUAAGCAAAGUUUUGAUAGCCAAAAAAAUGAAAUACAAAAUGAAAAAAAAACAACGCCACACCUUUCUCGAGAUUAUUGACACGUUAUUAGUCCGAAUGCAGGCAAAAGCGCUACAGACGAGUCAGUUAGGCGUCAGUGGAACAACGGCAGGAGGGCGAAAGAGGGGGCGGAAGGGAGACUUGAAAAAACGAAAUGAAAAAUCCCCCUCCACAAAUCACACGUAGAGCUAAAGCUACUGAACCUAGCUGAGCUAGCGAGAAUGGAAUGGAUGUGACGUACAAAAAUGACGAUUUUGUGUUGUUUUUGUGUUGAGUUUGUGCAAAAUCGCAAAACACUGUAAAAUCGCAAAACACGCGAACAAGUUUUAGACAUAUUAAACAAAACAAAACAAAAAAACAUAAAAGAGAAAACGGGUUUAGAACGGACAAGCUAUAGGUAGAAGAGUUUUAUAAUGCUUUCGUUUUGGUUUCGGUUUUUCAUUAGUCGUAAUCUUAAGUCAAUCUUAUUGUAUAAAUAAAUCACAACACAAAAAGAGAAAAACUAAGCAACACAAAGGAGGGAGAGAACAAAAAAGGGAAGUAAAAAAAUUGAACAAAAUAUCCGCACUGCACUGAAAUCUUAAAAGAAAACAAGAAUGCAAAAGUGAAAGAGAGAGAGAGCUAACACGAAAGAAAGCAAAGGUGAUUAUCAAACGAUUAAAGUCGAAACUCAAAAUGCAACACGGAGAGAAAAGAGAGACGCGGAAAGAAAAUGAAAGCGACCUGACGCAAAGGGCUAAAAAUGAAACCGGUUUUCUUGUUUUGGUUUUGGGUUCGGAAUAAAUACAUAUAAAAUAAUAACUCUACUUUUUGUAGUAGAGUGGAGAGAAAAAAAACACUGUUCGGACGUAGGGCAGGCUAAAAGUUGACAGUGAACAAGCGGGCGGUGGACGUUAUUGCAACAAUUGCAUAUGUCGCAACCGUGUUCAACGUUCGCCACUGUAACCAAGCAAAUUGGGAAACGAAUAUGUUUAAUAACAUAUAUUGUGUAUAAAACAAAAAAUGAAACGCAAAAGCAAAACGAACUAAAAAGUUUUAUGUUUUUGUGAACGGACAAAAACCGUCUCCAAAAUUUCUAUCUAAAUUAUGGUUAAAAUUUAAGAACGACUACUAAACCAAUGCAGAACGAUUACGGGCGUGGUAUGGAAGCAUAAAAUGCAAGGCAAUGAAAGAAAGAGAUGAUAAGAGAGCGAAAGCACAAACAAAAACACACUCUAAAUCUAGUCUGAUGCAACAAAAAAUGAAGAAGCAAAACCCCGGCAUGAAGCAUACCGAAAUCCCGAAAACACAAGAAUAUUAAGCGUGCGGGAGAUAGGAUGAACGGGAGGAAAAAUAAAAACGAAACAAUAUUACCUUAAAUUUAAAUAUGGAUAUGUCAGAGGAAGAGGUCAAAAAUGUAAAAAAACAACCUAAAACAAACACGAAAAAACGAUACUAAAUCUGUAAGAUAUUUAAGCGACUACACUAAGGUCGAUUUUUAGAGGAAAAGCAUGACCUGCGGUUAGGAGAAGGUGAGAAAACAAAACACGAGUCCCAAAUUUAAGUAAAAGAAAGAAGAACAAAAAACCAGAAUACCCAAUCUAGGAACAAUGACGAAACGAUCACGAAAAGAAAAAAAAGUAAAGAAACAAACACAACGGAACUAAAAACGGAAGCUAAAGAAAGAAAUAAACGCAAAGAAGAGAAAACACAACGUUAGCGGAGUGGAAGAACGUGUUGGCAAAAAAGGUACUUUAUGCAAAAACUGAACGAUGUGGUUGACGCACAUUAAAAACCGUUUCAAUCCCUAACCAACCGUGAACACAGACACACCCACACACGUAAACAUACACACAUACUCUAACUAAAGCACUGCACGCAGUGACAGUAGCGAGUAAAUACUGCUGUAAUGGUAUCAAAACACAGAACCGUAUAUCGUACGUACGACCGUAUUAUGUGGGAAGGCACAAGGCCGACGCUCGUCCGGCACGAAGUCUGCCGCGAUCUGCCGAAAACGAAAUAAUAGUAGAGUCAACACCAUCUGGCAGCUGAACACAGUUCGACCAGAGCAGAAGCUGAAGAUCAAGAAUACGAACGCCCAGUGAUGUAAGAGACAAGGAACGGAUGAAAGCAAAAACAGUAAGCAAAACUGCUUAAUGCAACAAACGAACAACAUCUUACAAACAACAACAACAACAACAAAAAGUGGUACUAUUCAUGUAAUUAUAUACUUACGAAGAGAUAGAAAAGAGAGCAAAGAAAAAAAGCGAGAGCCGCAAAACAUGGGAAGGGAAAGGUGAAAAAAAACUUAAGAAAAAUUAUAAGACAAAAUCACACUAAUUGAAAAAAAUCUACAUUUUGCAUAAACAAGAACACAAAAAAAGGAUAUUUAUGCUUAUUAUUUUAUCUCUGUAACAAAGCGUGUCAUUGUCCAUACAUGUUAUUAGAAGUUUCAACUGUUUGGUGUAAUAAAAAUUAAAACUAAUGAAUAAAGAAAAGUAAAAAUUAUUAAUAAACUCA